CGUCUUGGAUGUUGGACUUGGGUUAUAAUGACUUGACUUCUGCUAAAUGAACCCGUGGACUAGUAUAAGUUUAUUGCAGUGGCGUAUUUAUUUGACGGGCGAGCCCCGACGGUUAAUCGAGGACUAGUCGAGUGAGAGUUUAGUGCGUGUGCUGCUGUGGCGGCGUGAUGGAGAAGUCAAGAUGGUCGGAGCAGCGCUCCGAACAGCGCUCCGAGCAGCGCAUGCAGCACUCGGAGCGGCACGAGCAAAGCGUGCAGUCUGUGCAGCAGGAGGAACGCGUGCAGCGCACCGAGCACCACUACACGCGCCAGAUGCUCUCCCAGCAACGAGUGGACAGCGCUGGAGAUCGGCUGGCCAUCACUUCAGGCAAACCCGGUGAGCCCUCGCCGCCGAUAUUCGAGCAAAUCUUCAAAAAUGCGAGAUUUGCGCAAGGCGGUAAUGCAAAAUUCGAAGGAAAACUUAGGGGUAAUCCUACGCCAGUAGUUUCAUGGACGAGAAAGAAAGCACCAUUGGUAGAAUGUAAUAAAUAUAGUAUGAGCUACAACGAACAGACAGGUGAUGUGUCGUUACUUAUCAAGCAGAUAGGGCCUGGCGACGAGGGCGAGUAUACUUGUACAGCGCGCAAUCAGUAUGGCGAAGCCAUCUGUUCCGUAUAUAUCCAGCCUGAGGGUGUGGCUAUGCCCGCGCAGCAGGCCUCCCAGCAGCAGAGUUAUCGACACGUUAGCGAGAGCGUAGAGCACAAAUCCUACGGCACGCAAGGAUACACAUCCGAGCAAUCCCGACAGACACAGAAAGUGGCUUACACUAACGGUACUUCUGACUAUUCCUCUUCAGAAGAUUUCAAAGUAGAUACGUUCGAAUAUAGACUUUUGAGGGAAGUAUCAUUCAGAGAGACUAUCACCAGAAGGUAUGUGGGCGAAAGUGACAUUCAAAUAAGUACCGAAAUCGAUAGAACAUUAGGUGCGGUUGCCCCACCAAAGAUAGCUCAGAAGCCCAGAAACUCAAAACUUCAGGAAGGUGCCGACGCGCAGUUCAACGUACAGUUGUCGGGCAACCCCAAGCCACGGGUAACGUGGUUCAGAAAUGGGCAGAGACUAGUUAACUCGAACAAACAUGAAAUCGUAACUACACAUAACCAGACCACACUUAGAGUUAAGAAUACGCAAAAGUCUGAUUCGGGCCACUACACAUUAUUGGCUGAAAACCCCAAUGGAUGCAUUGUAACAUCAGCUUACCUUGCUGUAGAAUCGCCACAAGAAACUUACGCGCAGGAUCACAAAUCACAAUAUAUUAUGGAUACUCAGCAAACAGAGACUGAAGAAAGAGUAGAAAUAGUUGAGAAAGCUCUCGCUCCGCAAUUCGUAAAGGUCUGCCAAGAUCGAGAUGUAACAGAAGGGAAGCUGACGCGAUUCGAUUGCCGCGUCACGGGCAGACCUUACCCUGAAGUCACGUGGUUCAUUAACGAUAGACAAAUCCGAGACGAUUAUAAUCAUAAGAUAUUAGUAAACGAGUCAGGUAAUCAUGCGCUUAUGAUUACAAACGUCGAUCGAAGUGACAGCGGUGUAGUCACGUGUGUCGCCCGCAACAAGAGCGGCGAGACAUCCUUCCAAUGCCGACUGAACGUCAUCGAGAAGGAGCAAGUGGUAGCCCCUAAGUUCGUCGAGCGUUUCAGCACGCUAAGCGUACGUGAAGGCGAACCUGUGGCGCUGAAUGCACGAGCAGUUGGCACACCUACACCGCGGAUCACAUGGCAGAAGGACGGCGUUCCGAUUAUACCCAAUCCAGAAUUACGAAUUAAUACCGAUGGUGGGACCUCGACACUGGACAUCCCUCGAGCCAAGGCGUCGGAUGCGGCAUGGUAUCAGUGCACCGCCCAGAACGUCGCAGGUUCCACCGCCACUCGGGCAAGGCUCUACGUGGAAGUUCCGAAAGAGCCUCCGCCCGAACAAAAGCGUCUGCACUUACCGCGGCCAACGAGGAUAAUCGAACCAGAGCCUGCUCCUGGACCGGAGAUUAUUUACUUAAGGCAUGUGGAAAGGGCACGACCUUACGUUCCUCCGGGUGAGGAAGACCGAGUUUAUCCUCCACCACAGUUUAUCGUGCCACUGAAGAGUGUAUCACAGAUGGAAGGUGGCAAGAUUCACUUUGAAACGAGGAUAGAACCGGUUGGCGACCCAACGAUGAAGAUAGAGUGGUUGAGAAAUGGACAAAGUAUCGAAGCUAGUUCAAGAUUUACAUCAAUAUUCAGGUUUGGAUACAUUUCUCUAGAUAUGCUCAGUCUUAACAUUCAAGAUAGUGGAGAAUACACAUGCCGAGCUGUUAGUGCAACCGGUAUGGCCGAGACUAAAGCAAUAUUGCAAGUGACACCUAGAGCAACUAUUGAAAGAACUAGCCAACACCCGGAAAGUCUUCAAUACAUUCAACAAUUAGAAGAUUACUCUAGAUAUCAGCACCAAGAGUCGGUUGAAGAAAAUAUUUCACAGAGGCCUCAAUUUAUUAGGCCUUUGCAAGAACUUGGUGAACUCCAAGAAGGUAGAAACGCUCACUUUGAAGCUCAAUUGACGCCGGUCAGCGACCCGCACAUGCGAGUGGAGUGGUACAAAGAUGGUCGUCCGAUUACAGCCAGCUCGCGAAUCACGUCAAUCUUCAACUUCGGUUACGUCUCCCUUAACAUCAUGCACCUACGGGCUGAAGAUGCAGGUUCGUACACAGUGAGAGCUGUAAACAAACUGGGCGAAGCCGUCAGCACCGCGUCCAUCAAAGUAGCAGCAAGGAGCACGGUCACUUCAGAUCUCGGCAUACCAGAGCAAAGACGCUACAUAGAAAAAACAGAACAAUUAGAAGCAUAUCAGCAACAGCAACAUGUUAAAUAUUAUCAAGAAGUACCUGAAAGUACACAACGACCAGAAUUCAAAACACCUAUUAAAGAUCAGCUUAACGUUAAGGAAGGUGGAUUUGCCCAUUUUGAGGCUCGUCUCGAGCCGGUGGGCGACUCUACCUUGAAAGUAGAAUGGUUAAAAGACGGACGUCCUGUGGAAGCUAGUUCAAGAAUAACGACAUUCUUCAACUUUGGAUAUGUAGCACUGACAAUUAAGUCAGUAACUGUACAUGAUGCUGGUCAUUACACCUGCCGAGCCUACAAUGCGCUCGGACAGGCAACAACUAGUGCCCACUGCACUAUUGUAACCAAGAAAGAUAUUAUUGCGGAAUCGCAACACCCAGGAGGUCUCGAGAAGAUUCAACAUCUUGAGGAUACAAGCAGAUACACCAAGCGAUCUGAAGAAGAAGUGAGAGUAGCACAGAAACCUCGCUUCCUCGGACCUUUGAAAGGCACAAAUAAAAUUGUAGAAGGGCAAAGUGCCCAUUUCGAAGCGAGAGUAGAGCCUCAGAGCGACUUGACUAUGUCUGUAGAAUGGUAUUUCAAUGGAAAGCAAAUCAAGCAAGCUAACCGUACUCAGACUUACCAUGACUUCGGAUACGUUGCGUUAGAUAUAUCCAGCGUUCGAGCUGAAGAUUCCGGAACGUACACUGUUGUAGCUCGCAACGCUGCUGGAGAAGCUCAGUUGAGCACUUCAAUGGUGGUAGAAACGCGGUCCAGUAUUGAUACAUCUAGUAUUCAUCGUGGCCUAUAUGAAAAAACACGCCAUCUUGAAGAGUCAAAAUUUGUGGAACCAAUGUAUCAAAUUGAAGAAAUUUCAAAGUCGAAACCCAUUUUCGUACAGCCCCUAUCAGACCCAGCGCCUGUAUCAGAAGGAAAAAAUAUUCAUCUCGAGUGCAGAUUGGAACCUAUGGGUGAUCCAACAAUGAGAGUCGAAUGGUUCCAUAAUGGAAGGGCUGUGACCGUUGGUUCCAGAUUUAGGACUUAUUAUGACUUUGGUUUUGUGGCAUUGGACAUUAUUCACGCUACAUCUACUGACACCGGUGAAUAUACAGUUAGAGCAGUCAACCACUUAGGUUCAGCUCACACCUCAGCGAUGGUACGAGUCAUUGAAAGAUCAGAUAUUCUGACUGAGACUCAGAAUGAACAAGCUGUCGAACAAAUUCAAAUGCUCGAGGAUGCAGCGCGCAGAAGUAGGCAAGUUCAAGAAGAUAUAACAGUAAUGCAGGCACCACAAUUUUCAAGAUCCCUGCACAACAUCGAAACCAUUGAGGGAACAAACGUACAUCUGGAAUGUCGAUUGCAACCAGUUGGCGACCCGACCAUGAGAGUUGAUUGGUUCUGCAAUGGCAGACCGAUUAAGACUGGCCACAGAUUUAGACCAGCUUAUGAAUUCGAUUAUGUAGCUCUUGAUCUCUUAAGCGUGUACCCUGAAGAUUCCGGAGUUUACACUUGCCAAGCAACAAACCAGCUCGGCGAAGCUGUAACUUCUUGUGCUUUACGCGUUAUAGCAAAGAAAGACCUUAUUGUUGAAUCGCAGCAUCCAUCAGGCCUCGAGAAGAUUCAGUACCUCGAAGAUGCUUCUCGUUAUAAGAAGUCCGAAAUGGUUGACGAGACUAUUAAUAUCAAGCCACAUUUUGUGACUAAGCCCAAAUCAAUAGAAAAUGUCGUAGAAGGGCAUCAUGUUCACUUCGAGUGUAAAUUGGAACCUGUAACUGACCCUAAUCUGAAAGUGGAAUGGUUUAAGAAUGGUCAACCCGUGACUAUUGGACACAGAUUCAGACCAAUUCACGACUUCGGUUAUGUAGCCUUGGAUAUCAUUGACUUAAUUGCAGAAGACUCCGGAGUAUACACCUGCAGAGCAGUUAAUCAUGUCGGAACCGACGAAGUCAGCUGUAGGCUUUCUUGCCGUGGAACAGCUGACAUUAUUAGGGGUACACAAAACGAAGCUGGCCUAGAACAGAUUCAGCAUCUAGAAGACCGAACUAAAUAUCACAGAUCAGACAUGGUCGAUGAAAUUACAACCCAGGCACCAAUUUUCACAACAUCGCUGAAGAAUAUUGAAAUCAAGGAAGGUCAGCGUGCACAUUUCGAGUGUAGAUUGAUUCCAGUUUCUGACUCUACCAUGAAAGUUGAAUGGUACCAUAACAACCGGCCUCUUAAGAGUGGAUCCAGGUUUACGGAGACCAAUAACUUCGGAUUUGUUGCUCUCGACAUCAUGUCUUGUUUACCAGAGGACUCUGGAACUUACACUUGCAGAGCCAUUAAUGCAUUGGGUGAAGCCGUUACCUCUGGAAUUGCUAUUGUACAUUCCAAGAAAUCUAUUUAUUUGGAGUCACAGCAUGAAGGAGCUCUGGGCAGGCUUAACCAGCUAGAAGAUACAUCAAGAUACCAGAGGCACAGUGCCCAAGAUGAAUUUAUAACUCAGGCACCGGUAUUUACAAUGCCUAUGAAAGAUAUUAAGGUAGCCGAAAACCAGGCCGCACACUUUGAAGCUAGACUUAUUCCUGUAGGUGACCCUAAACUUCGAGUUGAAUGGUUGCGCAAUGGGGUCCCUAUCGAAGCUUCUAACCGCUUGACGACAAUGCAUGACUUCGGAUACGUCGCUCUAAAUAUGAAAUACGUUAACCCUGAGGACUCUGGAACUUACACUUGCCGGGCUAUAAAUGAGCAGGGUGAGGCUGUGACAUCCUCGACCUUGUUCGUACAAUCCAAAGCAUCACUCCAAUUUGAAUCACAGCACGAAAGUGCCUUAGAAAAGAUUCAACAACUGGAAGGCGCAACCCGUUACCAGCGCAGAGAGGAAGUUGAUAUUGCUAUCAACCAGGCGCCUAGAUUCGUUACUCAACUUAAUGGACCUUCAAAGCUAGUUGAGGGCCAAAGCGCUCAUUAUGAGUGUAGGAUCGAGCCAUACCCAGACCCGAACAUGCGCGUAGAAUGGUACUUCAACGGCAAGGUCCUUCAGAGUGGUCAUCGCUACCGCACUUCGUAUGAUUUUGGUUUCGCAGCUCUUGACAUCCUUCAAGUAUACGGUGAAGAUUCUGGCGAGUACACAUGCAAAGUCAUCAAUAACUUGGGCCAAGCUACUUCUUCAAUCAAGUUAAGCGUUCAAUCUAAGGAAUCUAUAAUCAGAGACACACAACACGAAAGCGCACUAGAGAAGAUACAAUAUCUCGAGGACGACAGCAGAAACAAGCGCAUCGUCCGCGAUGAGAGCUUUGUGGCUGAGAAGCCUCAAUUUGGCAAACCGCUCAAAAAUACUCACGUGGCCGAGGGCCACCCAGUCCACCUGGAAGCAACACUUACACCAGUGAACGAUCCAACCAUGCGUGUAGAGUGGUAUUGCAACGGCAGGCCGGUCGCACAGGGCCACAGAUUCAAGACUACGUACGAUUUUGGUUAUGUCGCACUUGAUGUUCUUUACGCUUAUUCCGAAGACACUGGCACUUAUAUGUGCAAGGCUACAAAUGCCGUCGGUGAAGCAGUCACUACGAGCUCGGUAAAAGUUGAUGCUAAAGCUGGUCUUUACCUUGAUACCUUGGAUGAGCAAAGGUUGAAAAAAAUACAGGAACUUGAACGGUUUGAGAGACCAAAAGCAGUUGAAGAGGACAAACCUGGUCAACGACCGGUGUUCCUUACGGCUCUAACUAGUCUUGAAAAUUUGAAAGAAGGAGAUAGGGCUCACUUUGAAUGUAGAGUUGAGCCAAUUAACGACCCCGAUUUGGAAAUCGAGUGGUUCCUUAACGGUAAAAAGAUUAGAGCUGGUCACAGAUAUAGAACGACUCAUGACUUUGGUUAUGUCGCUUUAGAUAUUCUUUAUACCUAUUCUGAAGACUCUGGCACUUACAUGUGCAAAGCUACCAACAAGCUGGGUGAAGCGGUUAAUACUUGUACUAUGAAGGUUGCAGGUCACAGAAGUAUCAUCUUGGAUACUCAACAUCCUAAUGGCCUUGAAAAGAUAAGGCAAUUAGAGGCACAAGGUCAUCACACUAGGAUGGAAAUCGAAGAGCCGACGAUCAGUAUACCUAGGUUCGUCACUGAACUUAGAGGAACAACUCAUGUAUAUGAAGGCCAGACUGCGCAUUUCGAAUGCCAGGUUGAGCCUAUUCAUGAUCCUAACUUGCGUAUUGAAUUUUAUCACAAUGGUAAAGCCCUGCAAUCUGCCUCACGGUUCCAUAUCACUUUUGAUUUUGGUUAUGUGUCCUUGGAUAUUCAGCACUGUGUGCCAGAAGAUGCGGGUGAAUAUUCUGUGAAAGCAAUUAACGCUCUCGGACAGUGCACGUCCGCCAUAUCCAUGACAGUAACCGCAAAAGGCAGUAUUAUAAUGGAAUCACAACGUCCCGAGGGUCUGGAAAAGAUCCGGGAACUAGAAUCUGUGGAGCCGUUCAAGCGGCCUGAAAUUCCAGAACCGGUCACAAGGCAAAGACCCGUAUUUACUCAGCCACUUCAAAACAUUGAUAACAUACAAGAAGGACAAACAGCACACUUUGACUGCCGCCUUAUCCCAGUCGGGGACCCGACUCUUAAGGUCGAAUGGUUCAGAAACGAGAAGCUCAUCGAAGAUAGCUCCAGGAUUACUAAGACCCACGAUUUUGGUUACGUAUCAAUGACUAUUACUCACGUGCGUGACGAAGAUGAAGGCGUGUACAUGUGCAGAGCCUCGAACCUAUUAGGAGAGGCAGUUACAACUGCUGCCAUGAAAAUUAAGACCAAGGCAGCCAUCCAAAUGGAAACUCAACAUCCCGAGGGUAUGAAGAAGAUUCAACGCCUUGAAGAGCCUUCACAGAGAAGACCUGAUGAACCUGAGAGAGAGUUUGAAAAGCCCAUUUUUACUCAAGUUCUCACAGGGCCUUCGGAAUUGUGGGAAGGACAGCAUGCUCACUACGAAGCGCGCGUGGUACCAGUAGGCGAUCCUAGCCUUCGAUUUGAGUGGUACAUCAAUGGUGUUGAGCUUAAAAUGGGAUCGAGAUUCCGUACAACGCAUGACUUUGGUUUUGUAACUCUGGACAUCAAUUCUGUUAUCGCGGCAGACGCUGGUUUGUACAUGUGCAAAGCUAUCAAUAGAGCGGGUAGCACAGUGUCGUCGACGUCACUAAAAGUUAAAACGAAGUCUACUAUUGUUGACCAAGCAAUGCGUCCAGAAUCUUGGGAACAGAUUCAACUUAAAGAAGCUGCAAUGAAUAAGGUUCCUGAAAUGUUUAUUGACUCCGGUGUUCAACAAGCGCCGAUCUUUACUACUCACUUAAAGAGUUACGACAAACUCGUUGAAGGUCAACAUGUGUACCUGGAAGCUCAGGUCGAACCCCGCACCGACCCGAACUUAAGGAUAGAAUGGUUUAAAAAUGGAAUUUCUUUAACAACAGGCUCGAGAAUCAGGAGCACAUUUGACUUUGGACUAGUGACACUGUCCAUUAAUGGUAUUAGAAUCGAUGAUUCAGGUAUUUACACAUGCAAAGCAACAAAUCUAAUGGGAGAGGCCGUUUCUACGUCAUCAAUUAAAAUUGAAGACCGUCACUGGCUCCUUGGAGAAACCCUUCAUCCUGAAUCAUUGGAUAGGAUUGGGGCCUUGGAGCAACCUAAGGCUGCCAAACCAGAAUCUCCUGAGCCAACUUACGAGAUUCCAGUGUUUAUCUCGCAUUUAAAUAAUAUCGUUUGCAAAGAAGGUGAUAACAUUCACUUCGAAUGCAAUGUUGAGCCAUCUAGAGAUCCUACACUAAAGAUUGAAUGGUUCUUCAACAAUAAACCACUUCCUUCAGGUACCAGAUACAAGGCAACACAUGACUUCAGUUAUGUGUCGUUAGACGUCACACACACGUACGAAGAAGAUUCUGGAAUCUAUACUUGCAAGGCUACCAAUAGCAAGGGUUCAGCUACUACAUCUGGUUCUUUGAGGUGUACGGGAGAUAAACAUAUUUACCUUGAUACACAGCAUCCUCAGGGCAAAUCUGGUUUGGAAGCCGUAGAACAGGCCGAAGAGGCCAGACAAGCAAGGGGUAGACGAUCCUCCGUACCUGAUGCAGACUAUCCUAAGCCCGAGUGGGUCGUCCCUGUGGCUGCUGAGCAUCAAUUAGUCGAGGGUCAAUCACUUCACCUUGAGGGUCAAGUUGAACCGAAGAAUGACCCUAAUCUGAAAAUUGAAUGGUAUUUCAAUGGUAAAGCAUUACAACAGGCCUCGCGGUUCAAACUAACUAGUGAUUUCGGAUUUGUGACAUUAGAUUUAAUUGAUGUGUAUGAAAGAGACAGUGGUAUUUACACAUGUAAGGCUUUCAACAAAAAAGGUGAAGCAUUUACCUCAUCGACAGUUUUCUGUACCAGCAAGACUAACCUCAUUGAAGGAACGCAACAUCCAAAGGGUACUGAAGGACUAGAAAAGAUUCAAAACCUUGAGGAUUCUCUUCGAAGGGAACCUGGUCAGAAGCCUGAUGACGAUACUGGAAGGGCUCCUGAAUUCACAACGGUAUUCCAAGAUAUAGUAGAUAUUAGCGAGGGACAGAUUGCCCAUUAUGAGGCUUCACUGAUACCGACUGGUGACCAAACGAUGGUCAUCGAAUGGUUCUACAAUGGAAAAACAAUUGAAGCGAGUCACCGUAUCAGAACCGUAUACGCUUUUGGUAUGUGUGUUCUUGAAAUUUUAGGUACUAAGACUACUGACUCUGGUACAUACUCCUGCCGUGCUACUAACAAGUGGGGACAAGCUGAAAUCAGUGUUAAACUGGAGUGCGUAGAUAAGAGUAAGGGACAAAAACCGAGAUUUACUACUCACAUUCAAAAUGUCGAGGGCUUGAAAGACGGGCAAUCGGCUCAUUUUGAAUGUACGGUAAUACCUGUCGACGAUCCCGACAUGAAGAUUGAAUGGUAUCACAAUGGUCAACUUUUGCGUCAUUCUACAAGGAUCAAGACAGUUUCUGAUUUCGGUUUUGUCGUGAUGGACAUAGCGUACACGCAAAACCACGAUGCUGGAGAAUACGUUUGCCGUGCUUACAACAAAUAUGGCGAGGACUUUACCAAAGCUUCAAUAAGUUGCUACAGUAGAAGCGGAGUUUACUUGGAGAGCUUGCAACCUGAUUCACUAGCGAAAAUUAGAGAGUUGGAGAAUUUGCACGGCGCGCAGCAACAAGCGCCGUCCACUCCGUCUGCUGAGCCACCGAAGUUCCUCACACAAAUUCAGGACGUAACUAAACUGGUAGAAGGCCAGAGUGCUCACUUCGAAGCGAGAUUGGUACCUGUUGAUGACCCAGACCUUAAAGUUGAAUGGUUUUACAACGGCAAGAAACUUCCCCAUGGACAUAGGUAUAGAACAUUCCAUGACUUUGGCAUCGUUAUAUUGGAUAUAUUAUACUGCUACGAAGAAAAUUCUGGUGUGUACGAGUGUGUCGCGACCAACAAAUUGGGCCGUGAUUCAACUAAGGCUACGCUCAAAUGCACAUCAAAAGAGAACUUGAUCUUGGACUCGCAACUCCCGCGGGGCAUGGAAGGUGGUUUGGAAAAGUUACAAACAUUGGAAGACUCGAUGAUACGAAGGAAGGAUACCGAUGUUCAGGAGGAAAGAGGAAAGGCUCCCGUUUUUACUGUACCUCUGUCUAAUAUCGAAAACCUGCGAGAAGGAGAAAACGCUCACUUUGAGGCCCGCCUUACGCCAACUGAUGAUCCUAACCUUAAAGUUGAAUGGUACUGGAACGGUAAAUCAUUAAAGGCUGGCUCGAGGUUCAGGACGUUCUGUGAUUUCGGAUUUGUUAUCCUAGAAAUCUCACCCACUUAUCCAGAAGACUCUGGUGAAUAUUUGUGCCGAGCUUACAACAACUAUGGCGAAGCUGUAACUACGGCUACUAUGAAGGUGCAAGGCAAGCGCAAUAUUAUCCUCGAAUCGCAAUUGCCCAAGGGCAUGGAAGGGACUAUUGAUAAGAUAGCAGUGCUCGAAGGAUACACUGGCACAGUAGACUCGAUGACACCUGAAGUGGAGAGCGGAAACCCGCCGGAAUUCAUAACCACUCCUUCCGAUCUCAUUUUGACUGAGAAUUCUUCAGCUCACUUUGAAUGUCGCUUGGUACCAAUUAAUGAUUCUAGUAUGAGAGUGGAAUGGUUCCAUAACGGAAAACCGUUAUUGACAGGGUCUAGAGUAAAGACCAUCAACGACUUCGGUUUUGUCAUUCUGGAAGUUGGCGGAGUUUAUCAGAGAGAUGCUGGCUUAUAUACUUGCAAGGCUACAAACCGUCACGGUGAGGCCACCGUCUCAUGUAAACUGCAAGUCAAGGGCAGACAAGGCAUUGUUCUUGAACCUCAACUGCCAUCUCACUUCAAAUCAGGCACUGAGAGUAUUCAAAGACUUGAAGAAACUUUGCACAAGCGUGAGGAGAUUAUGUCCGAAGACGAAAAACCAAACCCACCGCGAUUCACUGUGGAAAUUAAGGACAACGUCGAUGUUCCUGAGGGUGGACCGAUCCACUUUGACUGCCGCGUAGAACCUGUCGGGGACCCAACAAUGAGAAUUGACUGGUUCCACAACGGCAGGCCAUUUGCAACUGGCUCUCGCGUACACAUGCUAAAUGAUUUUGGUUUUAUUGCUCUAGAUAUAGAUUAUAUCUACGCACGUGAUGCUGGUGAAUAUACUUGCCGUGCCACUAACAGGUGGGGCUCUGCCACCACUACUGCAAGAAUUACAUGCAGCGCCAAACGCGAUAUUGUUUUAGAGUCGCAGUUACCACAAGGCAUGAGUGGCGAGAAAAUCAAAGAGCUCGAGAAAGGUCGCGUGAGUGAUGUUCCCAAAGAAGAGCCUGUCGUCAGCUCUCCGCCUAAAUUCAUUACUCAGAUCCAAAGUCAUACCGUGGAAGAAUCUGAAGGUGUACGAUUUGAAUGCCGCGUAGAGCCCAAAGAAGAUCCAAAACUAAGGAUUGAAUGGUACCGCAAUGGUAAACUGUUACCUAGUGGCCACAGAUACCGCACCGUGUACGACAUGGGAUUUGUAUCGCUUGACAUUUUAUAUGUUUAUGCUGAAGAUUCUGGAGAGUAUAUGUGCAGAGCUGUUAAUGAUUUCGGUGAAGACUUCACAAAGGGCACUGUUUCAUGCAAACAGCUGCCAGAUAUAAUCCUCCAGAACCAAGUACCUCGAGGAAUGAAGAAAUCUGAAGCAUUGACUCAAAUGGAGGCUACAAUCAAGAAGUAUACGUCUGAAAUUUACUUAACUGAAGAUGAUUUGUACGACGCUGAUAAGAAGCAGCCUCCGCGAUUUGUGACACAGAUUCAAAGCCAAACUACUCUAGUUGAAAUGGAGACGACCAAAUUUGAAUGCCAAUUGGCCCCUGUUGGAGAUCCUAAUAUGAAAGUAGAAUGGUUCUUUAAUGGCAAACCGCUACUUCACAAAAAUCGCUUUACUCCAAUUUACGACUUCGGUUACGUCGCAAUGAAUUUCGGGUGGGUGUAUCCCGAAGACAGCGGUGAAUACGUCUGUCGCGCCACGAAUCUCUACGGCAUGGACGAAACCCGCGCUAUAAUCAAGACCGCUGGCAAGCCUGGCAUUGUUUACGACUCACAACUACCAAAGCACAUGAAGAGUAUCGAGAAAAUCAGAGAGAUGGAAGCGUCGUGGCAAGUAGCUCCCGAGCAAGCAGUAGAAAUGGAGAAAGCCCGCUCUCCGCCAGUGUUUGUUAGUCGACCGGACCCAGUAACCGUCGAGGAAGGCGAGUGGGCAAGAUUCUGCUGCCGUGUUACGGGACACCCGAAACCGAGGGUUAUGUGGCUUCUGAACGGAAACACCAUUGUUAACGGAUCAAGAUACAAAUUGACUUAUGAUGGAAUGUACCACUUCGAUAUUCCAAAGACGCGUCAGUACGACACAGGAAAGAUUGAAGUGGUUGCCAGAAGUUCAGCCGGCGAAGCGGUUGCAACAAGUGAACUUAAGGUUAUUCCGAGACACGAUGACUACAGAGGCGUUCUGAAAAACGCUCCCCGACCUUGGUAUGACGAAACGACACAAUAUCAACGUACAGAAACUGAAUUGGAGAAAACAUUUGAAGAGAGACAUACACAGCAACGCCAGGGCACCAUUGACCAUAGACCCGAGUUGAAACCGAAAGUGCACAAAGAACCCGAUACUGAGUGGCAACAAUCCGUAAAGAAGAAGAAGAGUGAGGAAUACUACAACAAACUCCAAGAGUUAGAGAAUGAACAAGUCGUAAAGGAAAGCAGGCUGCGAGAAUCGACACACCAGUACGCUAUCCCUGGGGAGAAGGUUGUGAAUGCUUCUGUCGCUAAGGGAAUGGCACAGAAAUAUGAAGACACUUUGGAGCAGUCUGAACAAGUGGUUGAACAGAAACAAGUGACGCAAAAGAAAGUUGUUCAAAAGCCGAGAAUUCCGGAUCCAUCUGAGUCUACCGUUCACGGCAAGGAAGUGCAUGUAGCUAAACAGAAACAGGUACAGAAAGAGGUUGUCGGUGACACAGAAAUUACACGAAAAAUCACAUCCACUGAGACGACUGAGGUAGAACACAAGGCUCAAACUCAAGAAAGGGUAGUAGAAGGUCCAGUCAAGCCUAGCAAUCCGCCAGUUUUCACCAAGAAGAUGCAACCCUGCAGAGUAUUUGAACAGGAACAGGCUAGGUUUGAGGUCGAGUUCGACGGCGAUCCUCUUCCUACUAUCAAAUGGUACAGAGAGAAUUUCCCGAUCAAAAAUUCGGCAGAUUUUCAGAUUCAUACUUUCAGCACUAAGUCUAUCCUUAUAAUCAGACGAGUUUUUAUUGAAGAUUCGGCUGUUUUUGCUGCUGUUGCUGAAAACAGAGGCGGAACAGCUAAAUGCAGUGCAAAUCUUGUAGUUGAAGAACGCAGGAGGCAAGGCCGAGGUGGCAUCAGCCCACCCAGUUUCACAUUGACGGCCCAGAACGUUAAUGUAACUUCUGGUCAGCUAGUGAGAUUCGACACCAAGGUGACAGGAACCAAACCUAUUGAUGUUUACUGGCUGAAAAAUGGUCAGAAAGUUCAACCCGACAUAAGAAACAAAAUUUUGGAAGAAGACGGAACCUAUACUCUUCUGAUUCUUGAAGCGUAUCCUCAAGAUUCUGGAAAAUAUGAAUGCGUAGCUAUUAACACUGCUGGAGAGGCAAGAUGCGACGCCGAAUGCUACGUCAACGCUCCUGCCACAAAAGAAAAACCAAAACCUCAAACUAAAGCCGCAAAUGCACCUCCGGAAGUUAUUGAGACGCUGAAAGACAAAGUUGUUACUGAGGGACAAGCUAUCGAAUUUAGCUGCAAAAUUAUUGGAAAGCCGACACCUACAGUUCAAUGGUACAAGGGAGAUAAGCUAAUUAAACCAUCGAAGUACUUCCAAAUGUCUAGGGCAGCGGACGAAUACACACUUCGUAUAUCUGAGGCUUUCCCUGAAGAUGAAGGGGAUUAUAAGUGUGUGGCCUUUAAUUCUGGUGGACGAAUAACUGCCGCUGCAAAACUGAAAGUUUCCCAGCCAGAUCAAGCUGAUGCCUUGCCCACGCUGACGCCACUACGUGAUGUCACUGUACAUGAGGGACAGCCGGCGCAGUUCAAGACUGUCAUUACAAGCAAGGUCAAACCAACUAUUCAAUGGCUACGUGAAGGCGCGAAAAUUCCGGAGACUCCCGAUUUUCAGAUGAUCCACGAGGGCAACAACGCUGUGCUGCUCAUCGGAAACACGUACGAGGAGGAUACUGGAAUCUUUACUUGCCGGGCGAUCACCUCCGCGGGCCAGGUCGAGACCUCGGCAAAACUAGUCGUCAAAAAAUCCCGAACAGUUAUUGCAAGAAAAACAUUCCAAGAAAAAACUGGUGCUGAUCAAUUUACGGUCGAUCAAAAAACAACGACCAGCAAAGCAUUAUAUCAGUCUACAGAAGAAUCCAAUAUUUUACGACUCGAAAACGUACAAGACGUCGAAACCAAAACUACCACGGUUCCCUGGCGCACCAAAAAAGUGAUUGAAGAAUUGAAAAAAGAAGAAACUUUGGAAACCGUAAAUUGGCGUAAACCAAAGCCGCAAGUACAGGAACAACCAACUUCUAUGCAGCAGGUGACCUUUACCGAAGACGCAAAUAUAUUGACUGUUGAUAACACAGAACUUAUUGACAAAACGAAGGUUACCGAAACAAAGCACUGGAGAAAACCUAGACAUCAGGACAUACAGCAAAUCGAAAGCUUAACGACAUCUGAAGAUAGUAAUAUACUAGCAAUUGACAAAACAAUGGUCACAAGCGAAACCGUAAAACAGGAACAACUUAAGACAAAACAUUGGCGUCGUCCAAGAUCCGAACCCAAAGAAGAUGCAAGUGUACCAGAAGCAGAACCACAAGAACCAACCAGGCGACAGUCAGCUUACCAAGAGCAAAAACCUGAAACUGUACCGUGGACUCAAGAAAGCAUCAAAUUACGUAAAACUAAAGUAGAUAAGAAAGAAAUAGAAAAAGAAAAAAUAGAAGACGUCACAUUAAAACAAGUUCGAAAAACGGCUACACAGGAUACUAUCGACAAAACAGACAUCGAAGAUUCUAAAUCGGAAGUUAUCGAGCAACUUGGAACUAAACAAUGGAGAAAAUCUCGAACACAGGAAGUACCUAAGCAUGUUGAGAAUUAUACUUCAUCUGAGGAUGCCAACAUACUAGUUAUUGAUAAAACAAUUGAAACCGCCGAAAGCGUAAAACAGGAUUCACUCGAGACAAAACAAUGGCGCAGGCCUCGUUCUGAACCUAAACAACAGGCAGAUGUACCUGAAGAACAAACACAAGAAUCAAUAAGACAAAGAUCAUCAGCAUUCCACGAUCAAAAGCCAGAGGCUGUGCCGUGGACGCAAGAAAGCAUAAAAUUGCGCCCAACUCAAGUUGAAAAGAGAGAAAUAGCAAAAGAAAAGUUUGAAGAUGUAACAUUAAAACAAGUGAAAAAACCUUCGGUGGCAACCUUGCUCGAGCAAGAUGAGAAAAAUACUGUUGAUAGAUUAAUCACCGAAGACACAGAAAUUCUGCGUGUUGAUAAAUCAGAAGUCAUUCAACAUGAGGAUAUUGAGCAUCGCACAAAGGAAGUAAUUAAGCAUGUCGAAAAUAUUACAUCGACUGAGGAUACGAACAUACUUGCAAUCGACAAAAAAGUUGAUAUAUCUGAAGAUAUAAAGUUUGAACCACUGGAAACUAAACAUUGGCGUAGACAACGAUCUGAACCUAAACAGGACGUAGAUGUACAGGAAGCACAACCACGAGGGCCAACAAGGCGGAGAUCAUCUGCUUUCCACGAGCAAAAGCAAGAAACAGUACCCUGGACUCAAGAAAGCAUAAAAUUACGCCCAACAAAAGUAGAAAAGAAAGAAAUUACUAAAGACAAAAUAGAGGAGAUUACACUAAAACAAAGAAAGAUGUCCGUGGAGACACUUGUAAUAGAAGAGUCCUUAACACGCGAGGAAGACACUGUUAUAUUAGAAAUUCCGGCGGACAAAAUAACAAAAGAUGAUGUUCCACUUAAACCAAUUACAAGACAAAAAGUAAAACAAGAAAAACCUACUGAAGAAGAUCAACCCAAAGAGGUUUCAUGGCGCGGUAAAAGACGACCAAAAGAAGAACAGCCAUCUGAAGAAGUGGUGCUUAAACCAAUAUCUAAACAGAAGCCUGUAGAAGAAGAGAAAAAACCGGAUGCUGUGCAAUUUAAGCCAAUCAAAAAAGAAAAACCUGUUGAAGAGGCACAGCUAGAGGAAAUAUCAUGGCGAGGCAAACGAAAGCCAAAAGAGGAACAGCCGGCUGAAGAAGUUGUACUCAAACCGGUACCUAAACAGAAACCUGUAGAGGAAGAGAAGAAACCGGAAGAAGUGCAACUUAAGCCAAUCAAAAAAGAAAAACCACUUGAGGAGACACAACCAGAGGAGGCAUCUUGGCGAGGAAAACAAAAGCCAAAAGAAGAACAGCCGGCUGAAGAAGUUGUACUCAAACCGGUACCUAAACAGAAGCCUGUAGAGGAAGAGAAGAAACCGGAUGAAGUACAACUUAAGCCAAUCAAAAAAGAAAAACCUGUUGAAGAGGCACAGCCAGAGGAAAUAUCAUGGCGAGGCAAACGAAAGCCGAAAGAGGAACAGCCGGCUGAAGAAGUUGUACUCAAAUCGGUACCUAAACAGAAGCCUGUAGAGGAAGAGAAGAAACCGGAAGAAGUGCAACUUAAGCCAAUCAAAAAAGAAAAACCAAUCGAAGAGACACAACCAGAGGAGGUGUCUUGGCGAGGCAAACGAAAGCCGAAAGAGGAACAACCAGCUGAAGAAGUUGUACUCAAACCGGUACCUAAACAGAAGCCUGUAGAGGAAGAGAAGAAACCGGAAGAAGUGCAACUUAAACCAAUCAAAAAAGAAAAACCAAUUGAAGAGACACAACCAGAGGAGAUAUCAUGGCGAGGCAAACGAAAGCCGAAAGACGAACAGCCGGCUGAAGAAGUCGUACUUAAACCGGUACCUAAACAGAAGCCUGUAGAGGAAGAGAAGAUACCAGAAGAAGUGCAACUUAAACCAAUCAAAAAAGAGAAACCAAUUGAAGAGACACAACCAGAAGAGGUAUCAUGGCGAGGCAAACGAAAGCCGAAAGAAGAACAGCCGGCUGAAGAAGUUGUACUAAAACCGGUACCUAAACAGAAGCCUGUAGAGGAAGAGAAAAAACCGGAUGAAGUGCAACUUAAGCCAAUCAAAAAAGAAAAACCAAUUGAAGAGACACAACCUGAGGAGGUAUCAUGGCGAGGCAAACGAAAGCCGAAAGAAGAACAGCCGGUUGACGAAGUUGUACUCAAACCGGUACCUAAACAGAAGCCUGUAGAGGAAGAGAAAAAACCGGAUGAAGUGCAACUUAAGCCAAUCAAAAAAGAAAAACCAAUUGAAGAGACACAACCUGAGGAGGUAUCAUGGCGAGGCAAACGAAAGCCGAAAGAAGAACAGCCGGUUGACGAAGUUGUACUCAAACCGGUACCUAAACAGAAGCCUGUAGAGGAAGAGAAGAAACCGGAAGAAGUGCAACUUAAACCAAUCAAAAAAGAAAAACCUGUAGAAGAGGUACAGCCAGAGGAAAUAUCAUGGCGAGGCAAACGAAAGCCGAAAGAGGAACAGCCGGCUGACGAAGUAGUACUCAAACCGGUACCUAAACAGAAGCCUGUAGAGGAAGAGAAGAAACCAGAAGAAGUACAACUUAAGCCAAUCGAAAAAGAAAAACCAAUGGAAGAGACACAACCAGAGGAGGUAUCUUGGCGAGGCAAACGAAAGCCAAAAGAGGAACAGCCGGCUGAAGAAGUUGUACUCAAACCGGUACCUAAACAGAAGCCUGUAGAGGAAGAGAAGAAACCGGAAGAAGUGCAACUUAAACCAAUCAAAAAAGAAAAACCUGUCGAAGAGGUACAGCCAGAGGAAAUAUCAUGGCGAGGCAAACGAAAGCCGAAAGAAGAACAGCCGGCUGAAGAAGUUGUACUCAAACCGGUACCUAAACAGAAGCCUGUAGAGGAAGAGAAAAAACCGGAUGAAGUGCAACUUAAGCCAAUCAAAAAAGAAAAACCAAUUGAAGAGACACAACCUGAGGAGGUAUCAUGGCGAGGCAAACGAAAGCCGAAAGAAGAACAGCCGGUUGACGAAGUUGUACUCAAACCGGUACCUAAACAGAAGCCUGUAGAGGAAGAGAAGAAACCGGAAGAAGUGCAACUUAAACCAAUCAAAAAAGAAAAACCUGUAGAAGAGGUACAGCCAGAGGAAAUAUCAUGGCGAGGCAAACGAAAGCCGAAAGAGGAACAGCCGGCUGACGAAGUAGUACUCAAACCGGUACCUAAACAGAAGCCUGUAGAGGAAGAGAAGAAACCAGAAGAAGUACAACUUAAGCCAAUCGAAAAAGAAAAACCAAUGGAAGAGACACAACCAGAGGAGGUAUCUUGGCGAGGCAAACGAAAGCCAAAAGAGGAACAGCCGGCUGAAGAAGUUGUACUCAAACCGGUACCUAAACAGAAGCCUGUAGAGGAAGAGAAGAAACCGGAAGAAGUGCAACUUAAACCAAUCAAAAAAGAAAAACCUGUCGAAGAGGUACAGCCAGAGGAAAUAUCAUGGCGAGGCAAACGAAAGCCGAAAGAAGAACAGCCGGCUGAAGAAGUUGUACUCAAACCGGUACCUAAACAGAAGCCUGUAGAGGAAGAGAAGAAACCGGAUGAAGUGCAACUUAAACCAAUCAAAAAAGAAAAACCUGUCGAAGAGGUACAGCCAGAGGAAAUAUCAUGGCGAGGCAAACGAAAGCCGAAAGAGGAACAGCCGGCUGAAGAAGUUGUACUCAAACCGGUACCUAAACAGAAGCCUGUAGAGGAAGAGCAGAAACCGGAAGAAGUGCAACUUAAGCCAAUCAAAAAAGAAAAACCAAUUGAAGAGACACAACCAGAGGAGGUAUCUUGGCGAGGCAAACGUAAGCCAAAAGAGGAACAGCCGGCUGAAGAAGUUGUACUAAAACCGGUACCUAAACAGAAGCCUGUAGAGGAAGAGAAGAAACCGGAAGAAGUGCAACUUAAGCCAAUCAAAAAAGAAAAAUCAAUUGAAGAGACACAACCAGAGGAGGUAUCUUGGCGAGGCAAACGUAAGCCAAAAGAAGAACAGCCGGCAGAAGAAGUUGUACUCAAACCGGUACCUAAACAGAAGCCCGUAGAGGAAGAGAAGAAACCGGAAGAAGUGCAACUUAAGCCAAUCAAAAAAGAAAAACCUGUUGAAGAGGCACAGCCAGAGGAAAUAUCAUGGCGAGGCAAACGAAAGCCGAAAGAGGAACAGCCGGCUGAAGAAGUUGUACUCAAACCGGUACCUAAACAGAAGCCUGUAGAGGAAGAGCAGAAACCGGAAGAAGUACAACUUAAGCCAAUCAAAAAAGAAAAACCUGUCGAAGAGGUACAGCCAGAGGAAAUAUCAUGGCGAGGCAAACGAAAGCCGAAAGAGGAACAGCCGGCUGAAGAACUUGUACUCAAACCGGUACCUAAACAGAAGCCUGUAGAGGAAGAGCAGAAACCGGAAGAAGUGCAACUUAAGCCAAUCAAAAAAGAAAAACCAAUUGAAGAGACACAACCAGAGGAGGUAUCUUGGCGAGGCAAACGUAAGCCAAAAGAGGAACAGCCGGCUGAAGAAGUUGUACUAAAACCGGUACCUAAACAGAAGCCUGUAGAGGAAGAGAAGAAACCGGAAGAAGUGCAACUUAAGCCAAUCAAAAAAGAAAAAUCAAUUGAAGAGACACAACCAGAGGAGGUAUCUUGGCGAGGCAAACGUAAGCCAAAAGAAGAACAGCCGGCAGAAGAAGUUGUACUCAAACCGGUACCUAAACAAAAGCCCGUAGAGGAAGAGAAGAAACCGGAAGAAGUGCAACUUAAGCCAAUCGAAAAAGAAAAACCAAUAGAAGAGACACAACCAGAGGAGGUAUCUUGGCGAGGCAAACGGAAGCCAAAAGAGGAACAGCCGGCUGAAGAAGUUGUACUCAAACCGGUACCUAAACAGAAGCCUGUAGAGGAAGAGAAGAAACCAGAAGAAGUGCAACUUAAACCAAUCAAAAAAGAAAAACCUGUAGAAGAGGUACAGCCAGAGGAAAUAUCAUGGCGAGGCAAACGAAAGCCGAAAGAGGAACAGCCGGCUGAAGAAGUUGUACUCAAACCGGUACCUAAACAGAAGCCUGUAGAGGAAGAGAAGAAACCGGAAGAAGUGCAACUUAAGCCAAUCAAAAAAGAAAAACCAAUCGAAGAGACACAACCAGAGGAGGUGUCUUGGCGAGGCAAACGGAAGCCAAAAGAAGAACAGCCGGCUGAAGAAGUCGUACUUAAACCGGUACCUAAACAGAAGCCUAUAGAGGAAGAGAAGAAACCGGAAGAAGUGCAACUUAAACCAGUGCCUAAACAGAAACCAGUUGACGAUGAAAAUCUGAAUGAAACACAUCUUAAACCUGUUAUAAAGGAGAAAUCACUAGAAGAAACUAAAGUAGAAGAAGUUCGUGUCACAUCUACCAAGAAAGAGACAAAGAUAGCCAAAAAACAGCAUAUGGUUCAAAAAAUUGAAGAAGAAAUUUUAGGACAAGAAAAUCGUCACCCAGAAUUUUUAGAGAAGACAGAAGAAGAAGAGAAACCGGAGGAGUUGCAGCACAAAGUUAUCAAAAAGGAAAAAAAAAUUGCUCAGAAGGAAAUAAAGGAAAUAAUCGUACUAGAAACACAAGAACUUACUCAGCCUCAGGUCAAAGAAGAAAAAUCCACGACAAUUGUAACCACUAGAGAAGAAGUAGACGAAGUUCAACAAGAAGAAAAACCUGUAGAGACAGUACAAAAACGUAUUAAAAAGGAGAAAAAGGUAGCUAAACAAGGAGUCAAAGUAGACGAAAUCAUCACCAAGGAACAAAAACAACCAGAAACAGAGAUUGAGGAAGAUAAAGAGGUGACUGCACCAGUGAAACCAGUCGAAAAAUCGCAAGCGGAAAAGCCCGAAGAAGUUAAAACUAAGAAAAAAGUUCACAAAAAAGAAAAGGUUGUAGAUAACGUUGAAGUUGAAACAAUUAUGUUAGAAAAACAAGAACAACCUGUACCCGAGGCUCUAGAAGAAAAGAUUACAGUCGUAACAACAGAAAGGAAACAAACUAAGAUCAAGACUAAGAAGCCGGACAAAAAAAAAGUUGGACCGAUAAUUAUAGAACCCAUUAAAGCAAUGAAUAUUCCAGAAAAUAGCAAUGUUGAACUAUAUGUAUCUUAUGAAGCAGAUGAAGACAAAAAAGUGUUAUGGUAUUGCAACAACAAACUCCUUGAACCAAGCGACGAUUGCAUCAUUCAUACUGAAGCUGAUCAUUCGACGAUAGAAAUAAAAUCAGCAGAUAAAAAGAAAGUAGGAAAAUUUGAAGUAGUUAUUGAGUCCAAUAAAAUGAUUACAAAAUCGGCAAGUACUGUCAAAAUUCUAAAGCCGUCUGACGAAGCACUCAUAAAACCACCAGUAUUUAUUCGACCCGUAAGUUCCAAACAAGUCACAUUCGGUGCUAUUGAGCUAUUUGAAGCUGAAGUGAAAUCUACUCCUAGUGCGUCGUUCCAAUGGUUUAUUGGUACCAAGGAGGUAACAUCCUACGCAAAAGAAAAUAAAUUAAAUAAUAUUUAUAUCACCACUAAAGAUAACAUAUCAUGUCUUUGUAUUGAAAAUAUGACUCCAGAUUUAUUAGACGUUAUCACCUGCCGAGCAGAAAAUUUUGCUGGUUCCGUAUCUUGUUCCGCUUCACUAGUGCCAAAAGAUAAUGAAACAGAAAUUAAAGGUGAGAAACCAGAAUUUAUACAGCCUUUGAAAUCAGCUUCCAUAAUGGACGGAGAGCCUAUAGUAUUGUCAUGCGAAGUAAAGGGAAUUCCUUGGCCUAAAAUAGAAUGGUACCACGAUAAAAGGAUUAUAGAAAAAGCUAGAGACGUAGCAGUGGCAAGACAGGAAUCCGGUUUAUGUGAACUUCACAUUAAAGAAGCAUUCCCAGAAAUGUCGGGCACAUAUACAUGUAUAGCAACUAAUCCUUUCGGGAGUUGCUCCAGCGAAUGUAUUUUAACCGUAGAAGCUUAUGAAUAUGCAUCUGAAGAGGAUAUAUUGAGUGACGAGAAAACAAGUGACAUCGAAGAAUUUGCACCAAGGAUUAUUAAAGCCUUACCUACGGUUGUGUCUACGACAGAGGGCACGCUUACGAGGUUAGAGGCAAAAGCUAUAGGUAUGCCGAAGCCGCAGAUAAGAUGGUUGAAACACGGGAUGGAAAUCGUUAAUUCCCAAGAAUACCAGAUUGAAGAAAUGGAAGAUGGCACAUCCAUUUUAAUUAUUCCAGAGGUUUACCAAGAUGAUACGGGUGAAAUUAAAUUUGAGGCACACAACCCCCUUGGAGUGACAUCAACAAUUGCCGCACUAUCCGUCGAGAGUAUAAUUGGAACAAAAGAGUAUCGCAAACCAGAAUGGGUGACACAUAUGGAAGAAUUGCAAGCUGCACUGAAAGCUACUCAAUCUGUCCCGACUUUUGUAAAAGAAAUAUUAGGAGAACGUGUUCACGAAGAAGAUACUGUAAAGUUUGAGGCAAUUUAUAGUGGAAACCCAGCCCCAGAAAUCCUAUGGUACAAGGACGAUAAAGUUAUAAGAACCGACGAGCAAUAUACUGUUGACAAUAUGGAUAAUCAUACAUGGUGUAUAAUUAAGAAAGCUAACAAAACAAAUGAGGGAACAUAUAUGUGCAAAGCUGUCAGUGACAUUGGAAUGGCAAUAACUAAAGCCAAACUGCAAGUAUUCAAAGCAGGAGAAACUAUUAAAAAAGCUAAAACGGUAAGAGAAAAAACAAAACUUGAAAAAACGGUUAAGCGAGAAAAAGAAGCGGUAGAAAAAGAACAAGCGAAAACAGUUUUAGUAGAAGCAACUCCCACCGUUACAGAGGAAGUACAAGAAAUUGAAGAGCCAAAACCUAUUAAAAAAGUCGCAAAAGAAAAGGUAACAGUUAAACUGAGCUCUGCGGAACACGUUGAAACCGUCGAUGUGGCUUCCUUUAAAAAGGUUGACAAAAAAGAAGAAACUGCACCUAAACCUGAAACUGUAAAGCCAGAUAUAACACCACAUGAGCAUCUCAUAUCCUCGCAACAGCAGAAAGAAGAAACGGUCGAAUCAUUUGAGAAAUCUCCUAUUGAGAAACAAAAAGGAAUUAUAAAAACAGUUGAGUCUGACUCCAAAAUGGUAGCAGAAAUUAAUGAGUUACUUGAAGUUAUCAAUGCCAGAGAGUUUGGGCCUGGCGAGUCACCGUUGAGAGAACUCGCUAAAAUAGGCUAUAUGUUAAGAACUGGUGUCACAACUGAAGAGAUAGAGAGUCUGUAUGAUUCCCAAUAUUUCCCAGCCCUGCGAGUACCGCAAUCCCAAUCUGCGUUAGUGCAGUUGGUUGAGCGUCAGGGCCAUGGCGCACUCAUUACAGAAGUUCUUACAGAAGAAACGACACAAGACGAAGACGUAAUUGCCGCAAAGGUGGGCUUCCGCGCUUUCCUGAAGAUGGUGGAAAUGAAAGCCAGUUCCGUCGAAGAGGUCAUUGCUCACUUUUAUCCGGAAGACUUCAAACCACGGUCUUGGGAACAAAGAGAAGCACAUGAGGUCAUCGUGGAGUCUUCAGCAGAACACGUCGCGGAAAGUCGUACAACGAAAGUAAUUAAAGAUACAUCGGAGGUUGUCGAAGAAAAAGAUCUCAAAGAACAAGAACAAGUCAAACGCAAAAAGCAUACUAAACAGAAAAAAUCCGAGUUACGCAUUGAAGAAGAAAUUGUUGGAGAAAGAAAAGCAGUCAAAACAGUCCAUCCCAGGGAAAAUGUUGAAGUUUAUGAAGACGACGAAGCAGGGUUACUUGAAACUGCAGAGACGAUCUACAAAACUGCAACGGCUACAGCUAUUCAUGAAAAUAAAAUAGAAGUAGUACCUGCUAGUGAGGUAUCUCAUAUAACACCAGACAAAAAAACCGAUAUUAUUAAGGCUAACCUUAAAAUUGACACUAACUACCCAAUAGUUAACGCAUCUCAACAAGCUGAAGAAAGAGAAGAAUCAUUGCAUGUUAAAGAACAAGUCAAGCUACAUGUCAAACCAUCUAUACCCGAAAAUGAGUCACUAGAAGUAACUGAAAUAGAAAUCAGCAAUUCAUUGGACGAAUACUCCGGAGAUCGUAAUAAAGCCGACGUUAAAGCAGUGAAGAACAUUGUCCCAAUAGAAAGUUUAGUAACAACAGAAGUGCAAGCGGAUUUGGAUCUGACCGAUCUGCAAAAAACUGAAACGUGCUUUAGUAGUGCUAAACCAUCGGUUACAUUAAAAGAUGCUGUAAACGUAUCAGAACAAAUAACGAGCAUAAAAGAAGAGUCAUUCGACAAAUUAGAGGUUAAGAAGUCAAAUGCAGCAGUGUCAGUUUCUCCCUUAUUAGGAUUAAGCGUUACAGAAGUGACGGACGAACUUAAAGAAUAUGACAUUGAAAGCAAGACAACAGAAAAAGCCGCUACAUCUCGGCUUAAUUUUAAUUUACACGAAUCAAUUCAAGUUGGGGAAGUUUUCGUUGAAGAUAAGUCUGGAAGAUAUUACCCAGAACUAAUAGUACCUACAGAAACAGCUCGAAAAGAUGUUUUAACAUCUAACCAGAUUUUAACGGAAGUACAUGAUGUUCAAGAAAAGGAAGGGUUCUUACAAGCUCUGAAACUACCCCCAGCACAGGAAGCUAAUGUUGACGUAACAAUUAAAGAUAGUUUCCAGGUAACUAUUGAUGAGACUCACGAAAAAGAAGGCGAAUUCAUUAAAAAAGAACUACCUGCAACAGUUAAAGUAGAUAAAGAUUUAUCCUUGCACACAAGUUUAAAUACUUCUAUAGUAAGCUCACAUAUUAAAGAGACCGAUUUUGUGCCCGAGCCCUUGCCAAGUAAGAAAGCUAAUAUAGGUGUGAGCGAACAUCAACAUAAGUUUAACUUGGAAACGAACAUUCAUGAAUCAGAAACUAGCUUGGAGGAACCCAAAGCUGUACUGGGUACACAUGCUGACAUUACAAUUUCAUUACUAGAUAAAAACUUUGUUGAAGAAGUUCAAAUCAAUGAAAGUGAAAAAGAUCUUUUAAUCAAAGAUGAUAAGUACACUGCUACAGCAGAUAUGGAUGUACGUGCUGUCGAACCAAUUAUAACAUCUGAAACUCUACAGAUGACUUCUAUCGUUGAGCUUAAAUUGCAGGAUAAGGUCCAAGAUGAAUCAGCUACGGAGACAGUGAUUACGGCGAAUGCCAAAAUUGUAACAGCCCCCCUAAUACAUGAACAAGAAACAUCAGAAGAGUACUUAACCAAAAAAUCAGAAACCAUCACACUAUCGGUGGUUCCUAAUAUACCCUUAACUAUAUAUGAAAAUGAGUCUUCGGAAUCUGAGAAUAAAUUGACUUUGAAUAAAAUACCAGAGGUUAGUUCUACGCAACCUUUGCUUACUCAUCAAUUGAAAACACCUAUAUCUGAAGAGAUAAAUACAGCUGAUCAAAUUAAUUUCAUUCCAUUGACUUCUAACGUUACAGAAAAAGCAUCAGAAGUUUAUAGAGAUUUGCAUAAAGAAAUCACUAUCUUACAAACAACAGUCCAAGAACAACUAGACCAGUUAGAUGGAAACCAAACCAACCAUAGCAAAGCUACACCUACGUUUGUUGAAAAUGAAAGUUUAAAUGUUACAGAAAUAGUUUCGAGCGUUACUGAAAAUCAACUAUCCUCUGAAAGGGAUAAACUUGAUGUAUACGCUAAACCCGAUAUAGAGACGAAUCACAAGAUUGCUAUUACAUCUGAACCUAUUUUACGAGAAGCUGUUGAUAAAAUGGAAUCAUUAACACCCAAACUUGAAGCAGCUAGCCUUACAUCCAAUAUUUUAAGCUCAUUGCAAGUUUCUGAAAAUAAGGUGUUAGAUUCGCAGGCAAAUCUGCAAGAUAGCGUGAAACCCAAUCUUCAAUCUAUACUUCCCGAAAUUAUACCAUCCCAGGAGUUAAAUAUCACGGAAGUAUAUCAAAAUGAAAAAGAGACUGAAUACGCAUCGAAAGACUUACCAGAAGUAUUUACCACUCCGUCGCAAGUUAUAUCGUUACGAGCCGUAGCUGUAAGCUCAGAAUUGAUACCUGACUCUAGCGUUGGUUUCACAGAAUGUGAAAAUAUAGACAUAAAAUCUAAACAAGCGACAAUUGAAAACGUAGCUCAUAAUGAACUUCAGAUAACUUCGACGGAUUACAAUGAAAAAGAAAGUUCUUUUGAGCGAGCUCCUGUGAUCAAUACUGUAUCUGCUAAAAUAAGUAUAGACUCUACUCAGGCCGUUUUGGUGGAAGAAAACAAACCAGAACUCGCUGCAAGAAACUUUGAAACAACAAGUGAUUUAGCUUGGGCAAAAGCAAAACCAGGCUCCGUACCACAAGAAGCAAUUACUCAAGAAGAAACGAUUGUUCAUUUGUCAGAAGGCAUUAUAGUAUCCGAAGAAAAAGGAAAUACGGCAAAAUCUGCAGUCACAUUGACAACCCUCCAAGCUCCACAAUACGAUGAGAAGGUAACUGUCGAAAGUGAAAAUCCGUUGACAUUAAACUUAUCACCAGAUCAGCAAAGCGCAAAUGUUUCGUUUACUUCUCGACACAGCAUACAGAUAUCGGAAACUUUAUCACAAUCUGAAAAUUUGCAAAGUACUGAUACCUUCGACAUGGGAUAUAAAACUGCUUUACCUAAAAUUGAUGAAAUAUAUGGUAAAGCAGCACAUACUGAGGAAGUUACAGUGAACCAACAGACCGAAGAAUUCCUAAAUGAAAAAAUGGCUGUCAAGCAAACAGAUGUUACAACGGUCCCAUCCUACACAUUAGAACAAACGGAAAUCGUUGCAGCGGAAACGGAGAUUGAAUUACCUAAACGAACUACAAUUACAUCAAAUAUUGAAUCAGAUAUUACCGAAACCCAAGCCCUUAUAAUGAGUUGUACUGAAACGGUAGAUAAGGAAAAGGAAUUUUUCGAAAAGUUUUCAGUCCCAACUCAAGAUGCUACUAUUGGUUUCGUGCCACUAAUAAGCACUGUAAACACUGAAGUGCUAUCAACAAAUGCCGCAGAAGAUCUACUGGAAAAAGCACCAGAAACCUCUCAAGCAACUAUUACAAGCGAUGACCUACGAAAGCAUUUACAGGGAUUAGAAAUAUUACAUGCAGAGAAAGAAACAGAUUUAGCACCUAGUCAGAAAGAACAUAAACAAGCAGCAACAGCAAAAUUUGUCGAAAUAUCUGCAAAAGAAAUAUCAGAAGUUAACAUCAAUGAAAAAGAGACGGAGUUGUCAAAAAUGUUACAUAUGUUUACGACUACUGCUAAAACAGCGUUUGAUGAACAGCAGUCACUAUUUAGUUCAGAAGUGAUUGUCAAUCAGGAAAUUGAAGAACUUCACGUUUCUGGGACUACGAUGUUAAAUGCACUUACUACUCAUGGAAUGAAAGAAGCCAUUCAACAUUUAGAACCAUUUUUAGGGGAAAGCGAAGACACAUUUGCCAAAACAACACCUGCAAAAACUGAAUUAGUAAAACCCAUAGUUGAAGGGAAACAAUGUGCAGGUGUAUCAGAAGUGAUGCCGACAGAAAAAGAAGAUAUUUUGCUUGUUAAUGAGAUAAUGCCACUUAAAAAGCAGUUAGAACCAACGGGCAGUUUAACAUUGCAUUCCAGUGUCGGUAUAGAUGAAACCGUACCAAUUGAAUCUGAAGCCGAACUACCGCUUUGUUCAGAUUUGAAACAUAAAGCGGGAAUGACUGUCCUUCCGGAGGAUUACAUAAAUAUCUCAGAAACCACUGUAAUAGAAAACGAAAACAUUUUACAAGCUGAUCGAACUCCUAAAAGUGCUACGUAUAAUGUGAAUUUAGAUGCACAUCAUCAUUUAAAUGUAGAAAUAUGUCAAUAUACAGAAACAGAAGAAGCAAUUAAGAAUGACGAACCACUGACAACAAAAGAAAUUCUUGAUUUUUCUUUAGAGCCUGUAAGGCCCCUUUACAUCACAGAGACUAAAUCUGAAGAAAGACAUGAAGAAUUAAUACCGGGUAAAAAAGCAUUGGAACUAAGUCCUAAUAUUAAUCUUGAAGUAGAUGACCACAUAAACAUUACGGAAACGGUUGUUUUAGAAAAGAAUGAUGAUUUGAAAUUAGGAUUGUUAAAUAAAAUUGAACAUGGUAAAUCAAAUGUCGAAACAUCAAAACAUAUAACCAUAACUGAAACAGAUAUUAGAGAGAAUGAUUAUCCAUUACAAAAUAUAUUACAAACUGUAUCUAAGCAAUCAGACAUAUCCUUUGAGGCUAAAAUACCAAUCCAAGUGCAAGAAGUUAUUUUUAAAGAAAGUGGCUCUGAUCUAGCGCAGUAUACUAAACCACGUGAAGAAGUACUUAAUAUGUCUAUAGAAUCUCAACAACAUCUCACUAUAACUGACGCAUUAGUAAGAGAAAACGAAAUUGCGAUACAAGUUGAUCAAAUUCCACAAAGCGGAGAAAAUCAGGUUAAAGUAGAAGAAAUGCGGCAUAUAAUGACAAAUGAGAUAACAGCAAUAGAAGAGGGUACAGUAUUUGCAGGCAGCAAAGCAUACAAAGAUGAAAAGGCAUCUGAAUCUCAAGCAGUAACAGAAGCUCUCUACAGUGAACAGACACAAGUAAUUGAGAGCGUAAGCACUAUGAAAACAACUUUUACACCUGAAUUAUCCACUGCUGACCAAGAAAUAAUUGGAUUGAAACCACUUGAGCAGACAGAAGUAUUAGCAGAAGAAAAUCCUGACGAUUUCGAUAAAUAUCAUCCUAAGGGAGAAACAGCCCAAACAGUGCAAACCACGCAAAAAGAAAUAGUGUUUAGCCAACCAGAAAUUCUUGAAAGUACUAUAAACCUGGCCGAAAAAAUCAAAUCUGAACCUUUCCAAGUUCAACUUGAGCUCGAACUACAUAAGAGCUGUAUAAUAUCUGAGAACACAGCUGAGGAACUGCCUGAAAUUAUUAAAACUUCGGAAGAACACGGUAAGUACGCUGAAAAACAAAUAAUAGAAAUGAAAUCAUUGCAGCAGGUAGAAAUAAUAGCGAAUGAAAAAUCCGAACCCCUUGCAAAAUUCAUUCAAGACAAAAAUGAAAAUGCCAUAGCAAGUCAAAAUAUUUUGCAAGAGUUAACCAAUGCAGAACCAGCCAUAUUCGAAAAUGUUACUAAUUUACCGUCUUCAGUUACAUUAGAGAGAGGUAAGGCUUCAGAAGAUUUGGAAACACACAAAAGUUACAUUGUUAGCGACAAUAUUACACACGAAGAAUCUGAAGACAUCACCAUAGAAGGUAAGAAAAUAACUUCGAUUGUGGGGCAGGUCUUAGAAUUUAAACCCUUAGAACAAACAGAAUUUUUUGUUGGCGAAAAUACCUCAACAAUGUGUACAGUAAAACAAGAAGGAAAAACUAUAACUGUCACACCAAUCGAAAAUGAAUCUGUAAGUCAGACUGAUGUUAUUGUACAUGAAACUGGAACUGAAACAUCGUUUCAAAAACCGAUUCAAAUGGAGACUGCUUCAUUAUCUUUAAAUACAACGCAAGGUGUUACGAUAUCUGAAGUAACCCAUGAAAGCGCUCCAGAAGAUUUCGUUCUUCAUGAAGGUAAACAAGUGAAAGCAGAUAAAACUAUAGCUCCAUUAUCACACUUACAAUGCACAGAGAAUAUAACAGAAACACAAGCAGACGAAUUAACACUACAAUCUACACAGAGUAAAAUUCCUACAGUUGUAGCUAGCGAAAUAGCACCACUCAUAAUCACAGAAAAUACUUGUCUUCUUCAAGAGGAAAAUCUUCAAAUAACACAACCAAAGACCCAAAAUGUUCGCGAAAGCCUUACUAUGGCGAGUGAAUUAGAAGUCACAGAUGAAUUUGUCAAUGAACAUGUUUUGCCCUAUAACGACGAUUUCUUGGAAUUAAAGAAAACAGGCAAACUCACACAAAUGAGCGACACUGAGCACCAACUCACUGUAUCAGAGCAGGAGACGCGUUUCCUAGAAAAAACCGAAGAUAGGUAUUCUUCGCCUAAAAUAUCAGACACUGAAGAAACUGAAGAAAUAGUAACCAAAUUUUCACAAGCAUCAAUCGGGGAACCAAUUCAAAUAAAAACUAAACGAACCAUUUUAAGAAAGAAGAAAAAGGCACAGCUAGGUGAUGUCGUAGAAAAUGACGUUGUAAUAGAAGAAAAAUUAGACGAGGAUGAUAUAAUUAAACCUAUUACGCAGCAUACUGUUGAUAUAGAGGAAUUUGAAGAAACCGACUUUACUCCUAUUAAGGAGAUGGCAAAAGGAACCGUAGAAAUGCCCGAGGAUUAUCUGCAUCUACCACAAUUAGAAUCACAAGUGCAAAUAGAGGAACUGGUUGAAGAUUAUUCUAAAAAACCCGAAAGUCCAAAUGAGAUGGUUACGGUAAUUGCGGACGACAAAAUGAAGACAGAGAAAAAAAUAAAAACCACGAAACGAGUCAUCAAGAAGAAGCAAGGAUCUGAUGAAAAAAUUAUUGAAUCAGUUGUUGAUCAAGACGACAAAGCUCCGGAACUACCAGAGGAGACAACCAUAGAAGACAUAACUUUCGAUGAAAACGCAGUCAUCAGACAAGACUCGCCCAAACAAUCUGACACAGAGGAAACCGAAGAAAUCGUAACCAAGUUUACACAAGCUCCAAAUGGAGAAACGAUACAAACCAAGACAAAACGCACUAUAAUUAGAAAAAAGAAAAAAGUCUUACAUAAAGAUUCUGCGGACAAUGACGUCGUAAUUGAAGAAAAAUUAGACGAUGACGAAACAGAUGAACAUCCAAGAGUUCAACAACAUCAAGUUGAUAUAGAAGAAUUUGAAGAUACUGAUUACAUACCUCCUAAGGAUACUGCAAGAGGAAAGAUCGAAUUACCCGAAGAUUGUCUGCAUGUACCCGAAACAGUAUCACAGGUUAAAAUAGAGGAGGUUACGGAAGAAACAACAACACCAUUCCAAACACAAGUCUUAGAAGAAGACACUGAGAAACCUGCGACAAUUGAAACACCAGAAAACAUAAUAUUAGAAGAGGUUACAACUACAGGAGGCAAAAAAAUUAAAAAGAAAUCAAUGAAGAAAUUAACUAAAACAAAAGGUGAUCAAAUCGAAACAGAAGGUGAAGAAGCCAUCAAGACGGUUACUGUUGCUCCAGCAUUAGUAGAGGAGAAACCAACACCGAUAGAAACCAUGGAACUGCCAGAAGAAAUAGCAGAAGUGAGCGAAACAACACCUGAAGGUAAGAGAAUUAAGAAGAAAACUAUAAAGAGGGUCAUUAAGCGUGAGGUAGGACCAAUUACAGAAACCACACAAAUUACAACUGAACAAGUAGGAGACGAACAGCCAAUCAAAUCAGUACACACAAGUGAAGAACUAACAGAUGACACAGUCACACCAUUCGAGACAACACAACUUUUUAACACGGCUAGAGUCAUCGAGGAAGAACCCGAAAAAGUUGAAAUUUCUCAAAUUCGCACAGAAACUGGAGAAGUUAAAAAGGUCAAAACUACUAAACGCGUCAUCAAAAAGGGCCCAAAGAAAGAAAUCACUGAAAUAACUACAAUAGAAAAAGAAGGUGAAAAGCCCAUCACGACGGUUACUGUUUUUCCAGCACCAGAAGAGGAGAAACCAACACCAAUAGAGACCGUAGAACUGCCAGAAGAAGUAGCAGAAGUGAGCGAAGAAGAACCAGAAAAAUUUGAGAUAUCCCAGGUUCGCACAGAGACUGGCGAAGUGAAAGAAAUCAAAACUACUAAGCGCGUUAUUAAAAAGGGACCUAAGAAAGAAGUCACUGAAAUCACAACCAUAGAAAAAGAAGGUGAAGAGCCCAUCACAACCGUCACUGUUUCUCUCGCUCCAGAAGAGAUGCAAUCAAAACAGAUAGAAACCGUGGAACUGCCAGAAGAAGUAGCAGAAGUGAGCGAAACUACUCCUGAAGGUAAAACAAUUAAGAAGAAAACUAUUAAGAGGGUCAUCAAGCGGAAAAAAGGGCCCAUAAUAGAAACGACACAAAUUACUACUGAACAAGUAGGAGACGAACAGCCAAUCAUAUCAGUACACACAAGUGAAGAACUAACAGAUGACACAGUCACACCAUUUGAGACAACACAACCUUAUGACAAGGCUAAAGUCAUCGAGGAAGAACCCGAAAAAGUUGAGAUUUCUCAAAUUCGCACAGAAACUGGGGAAGUCAAAAAAGUCAAAACUACUAAACGCAUCAUCAAAAAGGGUCCAAAGAAAGAAGUCACUGAAAUCACAACCAUAGAAAAAGAAGGUGAAGAGCCCAUAACAACAGUCACUGUUGCUCCAGCUCCAGAAGAGGAGCAAACAACACCAAUAGAGACCGUGGAACUGCCAGAAGAAAUAGCAGAAGUGAGCGAAACCACACCUGAAGGUAAGAUAAUUAAGAAGAAAACUAUAAAGAGGGUCAUUAGGCGUAAAGUAGGACCAAUUACAGAAACCACACAAAUUACAACUGAACAAGUAGGAGACGAACAGCCAAUCAUAUCAGUACACACAAGUGAAGAACUAACAGAUGACACAGUCACACCAUUCGAGACAACACAACUUUUUAACACGGCUAGAGUCAUCGAGGAAGAACCCGAAAAAGUUGAAAUUUCUCAAAUUCGCACAGAAACUGGAGAAGUUAAAAAGGUCAAAACUACUAAACGCGUCAUCAAAAAGGGCCCAAAGAAAGAAAUCACUGAAAUAACUACAAUAGAAAAAGAAGGGGAAAAGCCCAUCACGACGGUCACUGUUGCUCCAGCACCAGAAGAGGAGAAACCAACACCAAUAGAGACCGUAGAACUGCCAGAAGAAGUAGCAGAAGUGAGCGAAGAAGAACCAGAAAAAGUUGAGAUAUCCCAGGUUCGCACAGAGACUGGCGAAGUGAAAAAAAUCAAAACUACUAAGCGUGUUAUUAAAAAGGGACCUAAGAAAGAAGUCACUGAAAUCACAACCAUAGAAAAGGAAGGUGAAGAGCCCAUCAUAACCGUCACUGUUUCUCCCGCGCCAGAAGAGAUGCAAUCAAAACAGAUAGAAACCGUGGAACUGCCAGAAGAAGUAGCAGAAGUGAGCGAAACUACUCCUGAAGGUAAAACAAUUAAGAAGAAAACUAUUAAGAAGGUCAUCAAGCGGGCCAAAGGGCCCAUUACAGAAACGACACAAAUUACUACUGAACAAGUAGGAGACGAACAGCCAAUCAUAUCAGUACACACAAGUGAAGAACUAACAGAUGACACAGUCACACCAUUCGAGACAACACAACUUAACACGGCUAGAGUCAUCGAGGAAGAACCCGAAAAAGUUGAAAUUUCUCAAAUUCGCACAGAAACUGGAGAAGUUAAAAAGGUCAAAACUACUAAACGCGUCAUCAAAAAGGGCCCAAAGAAAGAAAUCACUGAAAUAACUACAAUAGAAAAAGAAGGUGAAAAGCCCAUCACGACGGUUACUGUUUUUCCAGCACCAGAAGAGGAGAAACCAACACCAAUAGAGACCGUAGAACUGCCAGAAGAAGUAGCAGAAGUGAGCGAAGAAGAACCAGAAAAAGUUGAGAUAUCCCAGGUUCGCACAGAGACUGGCGAAGUGAAAAAAAUCAAAACUACUAAGCGCGUUAUUAAAAAGGGACCUAAGAAAGUCAAAACUACUAAACGCAUCAUCAAAAAGGGUCCAAAGAAAGAAGUCACUGAAAUCACAACCAUAGAAAAGGAAGGUGAAGAGCCCAUAACAACAGUCACUGUUGCUCCCGCGCCAGAAGAGAUGCAAUCAAAACAGAUAGAAACCGUGGAACUGCCAGAAGAAGUAGCAGAAGUGAGCGAAACUACUCCUGAAGGUAAAACAAUUAAGAAGAAAACUAUUAAGAGGGUCAUCAAGCGGAAAAAAGGGCCCAUAAUAGAAACGACACAAAUUACUACUGAACAAGUAGGAGACGAACAGCCAAUCAUAUCAGUACACACAAGUGAAGAACUAACAGAUGACACAGUCACACCAUUUGAGACAACACAACCUUAUGACAAGGCUAAAGUCAUCGAGGAAGAACCCGAAAAAGUUGAGAUUUCUCAAAUUCGCACAGAAACUGGGGAAGUCAAAAAAGUCAAAACUACUAAACGCAUCAUCAAAAAGGGUCCAAAGAAAGAAGUCACUGAAAUAACUACAAUAGAAAAAGAAGGUGAAGAGCCCAUAACAACAGUCACUGUUGCUCCAGCUCCAGAAGAGGAGCAAACAACACCAAUAGAGACCGUGGAACUGCCAGAAGAAAUAGCAGAAGUGAGCGAAACAACACCUGAAGGUAAGAUAAUUAAGAAGAAAACUAUAAAGAGGGUCAUUAUGAGUAAGGUAGGACCAAUUACAGAAACCACACAAAUUACAACUGAACAAGUAGGAGACGAACAGCCAAUCAUAUCAGUACACACAAGUGAAGAACUAACAGAUGACACAGUCACACCAUUCGAGACAACACAACUUUUUAACACGGCUAGAGUCAUCGAGGAAGAACCCGAAAAAGUUGAAAUUUCUCAAAUUCGCACAGAAACUGGAGAAGUUAAAAAGGUCAAAACUACUAAACGCGUCAUCAAAAAGGGCCCAAAGAAAGAAAUCACUGAAAUAACUACAAUAGAAAAAGAAGGUGAAAAGCCCAUCACGACGGUUACUGUUCCAGCACCAGAAGAGGAGAAACCAACACCAAUAGAGACCGUAGAACUGCCAGAAGAAGUAGCAGAAGUGAGCGAAGAAGAACCAGAAAAAGUUGAGAUAUCCCAGGUUCGCACAGAGACUGGCGAAGUGAAAAAAAUCAAAACUACUAAGCGCGUUAUUAAAAAGGGACCUAAGAAAGAAGUCACUGAAAUCACAACCAUAGAAAAAGAAGGUGAAGAGCCCAUCACAACCGUCACUGUUGCUCCAGCUCCAGAAGAAGAGCAAACAACACCAAUAGAGACCGUGGAACUGCCAGAAGAAAUAGCAGAAGUGAGCGAAACAACACCUGAAGGUAAGAUAAUUAAGAAGAAAACUAUAAAGAGGGUCAUUAUGAGUAAGGUAGGACCAAUUACAAAAACCACACAAAUUACAACUGAACAAGUAGGAGACGAACACAACAUUUUGAACACGGCUAGAGUCAUCGAGGAAGAACCCGAAAAAGUUGAAAUUUCUCAAAUUCGCACAGAAACUGGAGAAGUUAAAAAGGUCAAAACUACUAAACGCGUCAUCAAAAAGGGCCCAAAGAAAGAAAUCACUGAAAUAACUACAAUAGAAAAAGAAGGUGAAAAGCCCAUCACGACGGUCACUUUUGCUCCAGCACCAGAAGAGGAGAAACCAACACCAAUAGAGACCGUAGAACUGCCAGAAGAAGUAGCAGAAGUGAGCGAAGAAGAACCAGAAAAAGUUGAGAUAUCCCAGGUUCGCACAGAGACUGGCGAAGUGAAAGAAAUCAAAACUACUAAGCGCGUUAUUAAAAAGGGACCUAAGAAAGAAGUCACUGAAAUCACAACCAUAGAAAAGGAAGGUGAAGAGCCCAUCACAACCGUCACUGUUUCUCCCGCGCCAGAAGAGAUGCAAUCAAAACAGAUAGAAACCGUGGAACUGCCAGAAGAAGUAGCAGAAGUGAGCGAAACUACUCCUGAAGGUAAAACAAUUAAGAAGAAAACUAUUAAGAGGGUCAUCAAGCGAGCCAAAGGGCCCAUUACAGAAACGACACAAAUUACUACUGAACAAGUAGGAGACGAACAGCCAAUCAUAUCAGUACACACAAGUGAAGAACUAACAGAUGACACAGUCACACCAUUUGAGACAACACAACCUUAUGACAAGGCUAAAGUCAUCGAGGAAGAACCCGAAAAAGUUGAAAUUUCUCAAAUUCGCACAGAAACUGGGGAAGUCAAAAAAGUCAAAACUACUAAACGCAUCAUCAAAAAGGGUCCAAAGAAAGAAGUCACUGAAAUAACUACAAUAGAAAAAGAAGGUGAAAAGCCCAUCACGACGGUCACUGUUGCUCCAGCACCAGAAGAGGAGAAACCAACACCAAUAGAGACCGUAGAACUGCCAGAAGAAGUAGCAGAAGUGAGCAAAGAAGAACCAGAAAAAGUUGAGAUAUCCCAGGUUCGCACAGAGACUGGCGAAGUGAAAGAAAUCAAAACUACUAAGCGCGUUAUUAAAAAGGGACCUAAGAAAGAAGUCACUGAAAUCACAACCAUAGAAAAGGAAGGUGAAGAGCCCAUCACAACCGUCACUGUUUCUCCCGCGCCAGAAGAGAUGCAAUCAAAACAGAUAGAAACCGUGGAACUGCCAGAAGAAGUAGCAGAAGUGAGCGAAACUACUCCUGAAGGUAAAACAAUUAAGAAGAAAACUAUUAAGAGGGUCAUCAAGCGAGCCAAAGGGCCCAUUACAGAAACGACACAAAUUACUACUGAACAAGUAGGAGACGAACAGCCAAUCAUAUCAGUACACACAAGUGAAGAACUAACAGAUGACACAGUCACACCAUUUGAGACAACACAACCUUAUGACAAGGCUAAAGUCAUCGAGGAAGAACCCGAAAAAGUUGAAAUUUCUCAAAUUCGCACAGAAACUGGGGAAGUCAAAAAAGUCAAAACUACUAAACGCAUCAUCAAAAAGGGUCCAAAGAAAGAAGUCACUGAAAUAACUACAAUAGAAAAAGAAGGUGAAGAGCCCAUAACAACAGUCACUGUUGCUCCAGCUCCAGAAGAGGAGCAAACAACACCAAUAGAGACCGUGGAACUGCCAGAAGAAAUAGCAGAAGUGAGCGAAACAACACCUGAAGGUAAGAUAAUUAAGAAGAAAACUAUAAAGAGGGUCAUUAUGAGUAAGGUAGGACCAAUUACAGAAACCACACAAAUUACAACUGAACAAGUAGGAGACGAACAGAAAACUGAAAUAACAACAAUUGAAAAGAAUGGUGAAGAGCCCAUCACCAUCGAGCUACCAGAAGAGAUAGCUGAAGAGAGGGAAACGACGCCUGAAGGUAAUACAGUUACAAAGAUAACUACAAAGAGAAUGACCAAGCGUAAGAAGGAACCAUUAACACAAACCACACAAUUUACCACCGAACAAAUAGACAACGAAUUACCUAUUAUAUGCAUACACACCACACAAGAAAUUACAGAUGAUACAACUACACCUUUUGAUGACAAGCACACACCCAAUCACGCUAGGGUCGUCGAGGAAGCUCCAGAAAAGGCCAAGAUCACGCAAGUACGUACUGAAACCGGUGAUGUUAAGAAGGUAAAUCCUACCAAGCGCGCCAUCAGAAAGGGUCCAAAAGAACCAGUUACCGAAAUUACAACAAUCGAAACAGAGGGUGAAGAACCCAUUACAACCGUGACGGUUUCUCAAGUGCCAGAAGAACAAAUGACACCAGUAGAUACCAUUGAGCUGCCAGAAGAGAUAGCAGAACAGAGCGAAACGACUCCCGAAGGUAAGACAGUCACAAAUAAAACUACCAUGAGAACCAUCAAGCGUGAAAAGGGACCAAUAUCAGAAACUACACAAAUCACUACCGAACAAGUAGUCGAUGAUACACCUGUAAUAUCAGUACACACCACACAAGAAUUACUUGAUGACACCACAACCACACGACCAUUUCCAGAAACCACACGAAUCACCACAGAACAAGUAGAUGAUAACACACCUAUAAUAUCAGUACACACUACACAAGAAUACACAGAUGUUACUACAACACCACUAUUCGACACACACACACUUGAAACAACACCUGAUGGUAAGAUAAUUAAGAAGAAAACUAUAAAGAGGGUCAUUAUGCGUAAGGUAGGACCAAUUACAGAAACCACACAAAUUACAACUGAACAAGUAGGAGACGAACAGAAAACUGAAAUAACAACAAUCGAAAAGAAUGGUGAAGAGCCCAUCACCAUCGAGCUACCAGAAGAGAUAGCUGAAGAGAGGGAAACGACGCCUGAAGGUAAUACAGUUACAAAGAUAACUACAAAGAGAAUGACCAAGCGUAAGAAGGAACCAUUAACACAAACCACACAAUUUACCACCGAACAAAUAGACAACGAAUUACCUAUUAUAUGCAUACACACCACAAAAGAAAUUACAGAUGAUACAACUACACCUUUUGAUGACAAGCACACACCCAAUCACACUAGGGUCGUCGAGGAAGCUCCAGAAAAGGCCAAGAUCACGCAAGUACGUACUGAAACCGGUGAUGUUAAGAAGGUAAAUCCUACCAAGCGCGUCAUCAGAAAGGGUCCAAAAGAACCAGUUACCGAAAUUACAACAAUCGAAACAGAGGGUGAAGAACCCAUUACAACCGUGACGGUUGCUCAAGUGCCAGAAGAACAAAUGACACCAGUAGAUACCAUUGAGCUGCCAGAAGAGAUAGCAGAACAGAGCGAAACGACUCCCGAAGAUCUUGAGCCUGUAGGUCCCAGUUCAGUGGAAGAAAAGAAGACUAAGAAGCCAAAGAAGAAAGAUAAGACAGAACCGAUUCCAAGCAAGCCGGUAGAUGAAAAACCAGAUAAAGAAAAUGAAGUUAUAGCACAAAACGGGGACGUAAAACAACCCACACCACUUAAGAAAAAAUUGACACCAUUAAAAAUUGAAAGGGUAUCGUUGGAUGUUAAUAAAGCUCAGUUUGCUGAACAAGUAGAAGGACCACAAUUCGCAAAAUUAAAGUUGAAAAAACCUGUACAGAAACCUAAAGUUGAACAGUCAGCAGUAACUUUACCUAAAUUCCAAUUAAAAAGUCGAAUUAAACACAUAACCGACUGGCCACCUGAAGAAUUGCAGCCAAUAAUCAGUUACUUGAACAGUAUCCGACAAAAUGGAGAGCUGUCGAGAAACAUUAAAGAAGCAGCUAAAAUUAAGAAAAAACCUCUGAAUCUUAAGAGAAUUGAUGCUGAAAAACCUGAUUUAGAAAAGCCAGAAGUAUUCGAAUUCUCCUCAAAUAAAGAUAUUCCCGAAGAAAUACAGGAAAUACCAAAAGAGACACCUAAAGAAAAAGGAAUAGAGCAUAUGGAAACCUCCAAAGAUCAGAAAGAAAAGGAAGUGCCAAAACCAGAUAAUGCAGAAAAACCAAAGAAACCUAAACCAAAACUUAUUCCACAAAAAAUUGAAAGGAAAGUACUUGAGAUAGAUAAACCACAGCAUGCUGAAAGUGUUGAUGCACCUCAGUUUAACCAAAUCAAGCUUAAGAAAACUAUCACGAAACCCAAAAAAGAUAGCGCUAACGUAUCUCUUCCUAAGUUCCAACUAAAGAGUCGUAUAAGAUACGUGACAGAUUGGCCCCCAGAUAUUAUUGAACCCAUCAUAAGCUUUUUAGGCAGUGUCCGUCAGAACGGAAUACUAUCGAGAAACGUACAAGAGGCUGCUAAAAUUAAGAAAAAACCCAUUAAACAACCUAAGUUACCAGAGGUUGUAAAAACUGAACUUGAAAAGCCCAGUUUUGGCCGGGAAGAUAUAGUAGAAGCCGUAAAGCAAAGCGUACAAGAGGAGGAUGAUAUUUCUGUUGAGGAACCAAAAGAUGAGCAUGCUGAAUUCACUAUAAACAGGCGCCCGAGCAUCAAGAUACACGAAGAAAUUGUCGAUGAAGUUACUAUUAAAAAGAAAUUGAAACCAACAAGGAAGCCCUCCGUGACAUUGCCUGAAAUAACAGAACCAGAAACAGUUACAUUUAGGCCUAAAUCAACUAAAACAAAGGAAGACGUCGAACAAGAGUUCAAUAUUCAAUUAGAUUCAUACGCUGAGGAGGAAAUUUCUAUGUCAAGUAAAGUAAAAUUAAAGCCACAAAGACAGCCAACCUUUAGCGAAGAAGCUGGAGAAGCUUCAAUUAAGUUCUACGAAGAAGAGGACGGCCCAGAAAUUGUUGAAAUAAUAGAAAGUGACGACGAAAAGGAGGAUGAAACAGCGAACGUAAUGAUGCCAAUGAAAAAGAAGCCAAAGAAGCCUGUUACUGAAACUGCAGAAGAUAUCAGCGUAACGAUGACUAAACCAAAGUCCAUUGAUAGAUCAGAAAUUAUAGAAGACGUUAACAUAAAACUGGAAAGAAAACCUAAAUAUGUAAUUGAUGACCAGGAAGAAGUUACCUUUGACGUAAAACCGCAAGUAGAACAGUUUUCGACGGAAGAGUUGUCUUUGUCGAGUAAGAUAAAACUGAAACCAAAGAAAAAAGUGGUGGUGUCUGAAGCAGCUGACGAGCAUUCUAUACAGCUAACUCAAGAAAUCGAAGAUGACAGUCAGGCAGAAGAAAUUAUACUUAGCGAUGUCGAAUCUGAAGAAAAUGUACAAAUGUUUAUCAAACGUAAACCUAAGAAACCUACAUAUGAAGUCAGCGAGGUAGAAGAAUUAAGCGUCGAACUUAAGCCAAAAAGAAUGAAUGAAAUUGAAUUUGAGGAAGAACAGUUAACAAUUUUAGCUAAACGAAAGCCUAGGAAACCAUCGCAACUGCAAGAAGCAGAGGCUUCAAUGAAAAUUUCAAGGGAAAUCGAUUUCCCAGACACUCCACUCGAUGUGCGAAGUGGCGACACUGUCUUUGCGGUAUACUCGUAUGUAGCAGAAACAGAUGAGGCUAUCAACCUUGUCGAAGGCGAACGUUUAUAUAUACUAGAAACAACAAACCAGGACUGGUGGUUUGUCUGCAAACACCUCACUGAAGAAAAAGGUUUUGUUCCUGCACAGUAUUUAAUGGAUGAAGAAAACUAUACUUUGUACCUGCAAAAGAAAUUGAAUGAGAAGAUUGACAAGCUGCCAGUAUUUGAAAAACCUACACCCGAGGAACAAGCCAUAGCUCCUAUAUUCGUAGAGAAAUUGCGUCCAAAACACACUCCAGAUGGUUCAACUGUGCAAUUUGAAUGCCAAGUGGAAGGAUUUCCGCGACCACAGAUUACGUGGUUCAGACAAACGGCUAUCAUUAAACCAUCUCAAGAUUUUCAAAUGUACUACGAUGAUGACAAUGUCGCCACUCUGGUUAUUAGGGAAGUUUUCCCUGAAGACGCAGGAACAUUUACCUGUGUGGCUAAAAAUGCUGCAGGCUUUGCGUCAAGUACUACUGAACUCAUAGUUGAAGCUCCUCUCUCAGAUCAUGGAUCGGAAAUGACAAUUUUAUCCAGAAAAAGUCUAUCGAGGGAAUCAUCUUUGGCUGAUAUUUUAGAAGGUAUACCACCAACUUUCUCUAAAAAACCAAAGGCUCAAUAUGUCAACGAAGGCUCACAGAUCUUCCUAGAAUGCAGACUAGUUGCUAUUCCAGAACCAGAUAUAGCGUGGUUCUUUAAAGGAGAAGAAAUUGUGCCUGAUGAAAAUAUUUCUAUAGCUACCGAGUCCGACAUGCACAUGUACUGUAGUGUUCUAAAAAUAUCUAAUGUCAAGAAAUUGCAAGAAGGGACUUACACAGUACUAGCAGUUAAUAGAGAAGGCGAAGCCAGUCUGCCGAUCGUUCUUAAAAUAAAAACGGGCCAGAAAGAGAAACCGCAGGUUAUAGAACCAUUGAAAAGCUUAACAAUAAGAGAAGGUGAAAGUGUAGUUCUUUCUGCUCAAGUCGUUGGUAACCCUCAACCUACUGUAUCAUGGCAUAGAAACAAUAAACCAAUACCGUCUCUACCUACUAAAUCGGAUGGCGAGACUCACACUGUAACAAUAAUUAAACCUCGAAAAGGAAAGGAUGACGGCGUGUAUACACUCAAGGCUAUCAAUAGUGAAGGCACUGCUGAAACAAGCGCCGUUAUCACUAUUGAAGAACCGACAGAAGAAAACGCAGAGCCACCGUUAUUUAUUAACCGGUUCCAGGAAAUUACAGUCAAGGAAAACGGUACUAUUAAACUUUCUGCUAAAGUCACUGGCAAUCCAGUUCCUUCGAUUACGUGGUAUAGAAAUAAUAAAAUCAUCACUCCUUCGGAAACAGUAACUCAAAAGUUCGAUGGUGAGAAUAUUGAAUUAGUGAUCGCCAAUGUAGAUUCCGAAAUAGACUCCGGAGAUUACAAAUGUGUAGCAUCAAACAGUGCUGGGAAAGCAUCACAUGGAGCACGGGUUACUAUUGAUGUAGAAAAGGUCACUUUUGUGAAGAAAUUAAGAAAAACCUAUGAAACUGAAGAAGGAAAGACUAUAAUUUUAGAAUGUCAAACUUCUCAUACAGUGUCAACAAAAUGGUAUCAUAAUGAUAAAGAACUAAGCGGAAUGGAUCAUAGAGAAAUAAUACAAGAGGGUCGUACCCAUAAAUUGCGUAUUAAAAAGACUAAAUUGACAGAUAAAGGUGUUAUUAAAUGCAUAGUAAAAGACCAAGAAACCAGUGCAAAACUUCAAGUAUAUGAAACUAUUCCAGAAUUUACACGCAGGCUGCAAGACUUUGAAGUAAAAGAGAAAGAUGUGGCUAUUUUAGAGGUUGAAAUAAAUUCUGAGACAGCAGAUGUUAUUUGGGAAAGAGAUGGUGAAAAAAUUAAGCCUAAGAAGAAUAAAUAUGAACUAGAGAAGCGCGGGAAUGUCCGGAAACUGCUUAUACGAAACACUUCAGUUCACGACGAAGGUGAAUAUACUUGCAUUCUUCGUGACGAUAUGUGUACUGCGGAAGUAACAGUAGUAGAAUUACCACCAGAAAUAAUUUCACGUCUCCAAGACCAAAAAGUUAACAAAGGAAACAAAGCCACAUUUGAAAUCGAGCUUACGAAAGGCGACGCCUUAGUGCAAUGGUUUAAAGAUGGAGAAGAGAUUCAGUUCUCUAACCAUAUGCAGCUUACAAUCGAUGGUAAGAAGCAAAAAUUAAAAAUAUACGAUUGUGACGAUGACGAUUCGGGGGAAUAUGCUUGCGAAGUUGGAAGUGACAGAUGCUCUGCUAAACUUGUUGUUGAAGAACCUUCGGUAGACUUCACUCUACGUCUUCCGGAAGUAAUCACAGUUCCUGCAAACACUGACGCGUACUUGACAGUUGAAAUACCGGAUGAAAAUUACGAUGUCACCUGGUAUAAAAAGAAAACCAUCAUAGAGGAUACAGAAAAGUUUACCCUAAUAUCCGAUGUUAACAAACGUACUCUCAUAAUUAGGAAAUGUACUGAAGAAGAUCAAACCGAAUAUACUGUGUCUCUACUUGACGCAAAAUGUUCCACCAAAUUAAAAGUUGAAGUUAUCGAAUCUCCACCUAAAAUCCUUAACUUCGAGAGUGAAUACAAAAUAAAGCGGGGUGGCGACGUAACCUUAUUAGUCCAGUAUGAAGGUCUACCACAACCGAUCGAUGAAUGGGUUGUCAAUUCUAAGAUAAUUAAGAAAACGAAGCAUACAAAACCAUCAAUUGAUUCUGAAAGUGCCAGUCUUACAAUUAAAAAAGUUGAAAAUACUGAUGCUGGAACAUACAAGCUCCGUCUUGUCAACAACUGUGGUGAAGCCGAAGUCGAACUAACCGUAGUUGUAAUGGAUAUUGCAUCGCCGCCAGGAAAACCCACACCAUUAGAAACAGAUGGAACAUCAAUAAACAUCUGUUGGAAUGAGCCGGAAAAUAAUGGAAACUCCGUAAUAAUAUGUUACAUAGUUGAAUUCCAGGAGAUAAAUACUACGGAAUGGACAUCCAUUGAAAAUAUCACAAAAACUCAACAUUGUGUAGAUAACCUAAAGACUAAAUCAUCAUAUAGGUUUAGGAUAUUUGCAGUCAACGAAGUAGGCGUUAGCGAAGCCUCAGAUAUAUCAGAAUAUGUAGUGGUUGAAGAGGUGGCCAAGAAACAACCACCUUCUGUGGAGAAACCACUAAAGGAUAUUAUCAUAGGACCUAAUGAAGAUGUUGAAUUAUCGUGUAUUUUCGGAGGCAUUCCACAGCCUAAGGUUGCAUGGUCUAAGGAUGGUAACAAGCUUAAAACUGCUAAAACUAGUUAUGACAACAGAGUAGCGACCCUUGCUGUCACUUCCACAGCAAAUUCGGAAGGACAGUACAAAUGUACUGCUUCCAACGAACUUGGUGAAGUAGAAACAACGUGUAUGCUAGAAAUUCAACAAAAACCAAUCAUAAUUGUACCCGAAAAAGAUAUAAACCAAAGGCAUAAAGUUGACGAAGACUGGUCUGUAACUGCUACUUUCGAAGGUAUACCGAAGCCUAACAUAAUAUGGUAUAGAAACGGAACCAGAAUAGAAAGCAGCAAAGAGUUGGAAAUAAUUACAACAGAGACAACGAGCACUAUAAGGAUACGUAAACUGGAUCGAUCAUAUUCAAGCAAAUAUACUGUGGAAGCGCAAAACAAAGCGGGCAGUAAUUCAAUAGAACUAUCGCUUAAAGUUUACGAUAAACCUAGCAAGCCUGAGGGUCCUGUGAUCAUGCGAGAGAUCAGUCGCGAGUCUGUAACUAUUGAAUGGAAGCCUCCCGUCGAUGACGGUGGUUUAGAACUGACUAAAUACGCCAUUGAAAAACACGAGCCGGACACAAACGAGUGGGUGAAGGUGGCAGACGUCGAUAAGACCGUAGAAACAUACUGCAUACAGCGACUGAACGAGAACUGCGAGUAUAUGUUCCGAGUGAUGGCCCAGAACCCGAUUGGAUACUCUGAAGCAUUAGAGAGCGAACCUAUAGUCAUCAAACACGCUUUAGAUGUACCAUCACCACCUCUGGGACCCCUCGGCAUCUACGGCAUCAGCAGUGAUUCUCUGACAAUAACCUGGUACCCGUCUGAAAAGAAUGGCGGCUCUCCAAUCCUCGAUUACAGCGUGGAAAUCAAGCAAGAAGGCAAGAAGUGGAAGAAGGUCGCUACAGUGACCAAAACGACGGCCAAAAUUGAAAAGUUGGCCGUCAACGUUACUUAUGAGUUUAGAAUAUGUGCAAGAAACGAGAUUGGUAGCAGCCUACCAUACACGUCAGACGAGAGAGUGACGAUAGGACAUACACGUUCCCCGCCGUCUCAGCCGCUAAAGUUCGUGAUCAAGGACGCCACAUCGAGGUCUGUCACACUACAAUGGGCUGCGCCGGAGAGCGACGGUGGAAGCGCCAUAACUAAUUACAUAAUAGAAUACAAGACUGUGAAAGGUAGCUUAUGGAGCAAGGUUAUAACCGUUGGUGGCUCAGUGUACGAGCACUGCAUAGAAAACAUCAAGGACAAGGAGAUUGUGUUCAGGAUAUCAGCUGAGAAUGCAAUUGGAGUUGGUCCUGCUACUGAGUCACAGACGGUACACUUGGAGAAGCAUGCAACUGUGCCAUCGCCGCCGACGGCGCCGCUAGAGAUCAGAACGGUUGGCAGCAACAUCGUGAUGACGUCAUGGGGCACGCCCGAAUGGGACGGAGGUGCACCCCUGCAGGGCUACAACAUCGCCAUCCGUGACAUCACCAAGACUAUGUGGAUGGAGGUCGGCAAGGUCGAUGCGAACACGCUCAAGUUCAACAUCAGGGACUUGAGCGAGGACCAUACGUAUAUGAUCAGGAUAUACGCGAGGAACGAGAUAGGGCUCAGCGAUCCACUCGAAUCUGACGAGCCAUUCAAGGUCCUACCUGGAGAAGGAGAAUCACACGGAGACGAGGAGCUAGGCGAGCACACAGAAGCAACCGAGCCCACGUCAUUCAGCACCCAGACCACAACCUCAUGGAUGCGCGAACACAACAUGGACGCCGACAUCCGCUCCUACGCGCGCGGGUCCCUGCUCCGCCGCGACGAGUACUUCUUCAGAAUAUGGCACUACGCCAAACAACUCUUCAAGUGACACCAACACCGCACCAAACCAGCACCUGUGAUAUUUAAAACGACAUAGUUCGCGGAUAGUAGAAGCGUCCAUCCUUUUAUAAUUUUAUAACAGUUUUUGUAGCAAUACAUAAAUUAUUUUAGAUAAGGUUAAAUUAUAUAUUUAUUUUAAUUUAUUACCUGACACGGUUCGAGUCGCAUCCGAUACCGUUGGGAGACGUGUUAAAUAUAGGUGCAAAAUAUUUAUUCGAUAAUUCGAAUGAGGCUCGAAUUUACGUCAGGUUUUAUUUGAAAUUGAAUAUUAUAUUAUUUAUUAUAUAAGUGCAAUUAUGAA